AUGGAAGAGACAGAAGAAAAGCACAGUGCUCUUGAGGUAAGAAGUUGCACAUUUUUCCAGGAGGUAAUUUGUGUUCAAGAUAGGUGGUUCUGCACAAUUUUGCACAUGGGUGUGGCUUAUAUGUGUCAUUAAAAACCGGCCCAGAUUUCUAACCCAGGAGGUGCACACAUGUAAUCAAAUCCUUACGGACAAGUGAUAUAGUGACGCUGGGCAGUUUGGUGCAGGAAGUUUGAGGAGUGUGCUUGCUCCCCAUAAUCAACCAUUAUACAAUAUCCUUGUGUUGACUGUGCUUGACAUAUUUCUGAGAGCAAACCUUGGAGGCCUACUUUUUCCAUUAAAUCUAUGCUAGUUUCCUGCUAAAUGAACAUUUCCCUUUGAAACCCAUCUUUCAGUGUCAUUUAGACAACAGAUGAAUUAGUACUUGCCAGCAAGAGGCUUGCUCUGUUUAUCUUCAGAAGUUUUUUCCUCUUUACAACAGUGCUUCCUAGCACUUAAGUAACAUGUCCUUUCUUCUUCUUUCAGUGCAUGCAAUGAAUUAGUCAAACUCACUGGGCUGUAAAAAUGAACUGCAGUCAUGACUUGAUUGAUAUCUCUCUAGAUAUUUGUUAUUAUUAUGAAGUGAACAUGUUCUCUGAAAGGGUUUCUAGAUAUAUUUUCUGCCACUCCUAGCUACGACUCAGUCUCAUGGAAAAUGCUAUUUGCAAAGCCUAUUUGCUUGAUUACACAAAUCUCUUUCCCCGAAAUCAUGUGCUGAUGUGACCACAGGUUCAAAUAAAGGGAAUAAUGUCCAGUAUAUUGUAAUGUGCACUGUUGAAAUUACUGCAUAACACUCAUCCUGACAUCUUGCUACUAGAGUUUUGUAUUUUUGGAGUGCCCUUUAACAGCUCUCCCACACUUUGCCAGCAUGAACCAGUCAGCUGUUUGUAAACAUUUUGGGUAACAAAGUAGGCUGCAGGAACCAUGAGAUGAUGUUCAUAGGCACACAUUUCCUAUACCAAGUUUCAGGACCUGCUUGGGAUAUUUUAAGACGUCACAGGAUUUUGCUAACCAGCGCUCAAGCCGCAUGAAGGGUGUUUGCAAUGGUGUGCAAUGUUGCGAAUUGUCUGACACCUCAGUCACUGUGGACAGAAGUAGAAAGUGGACUGCGCAUCUUCAUUGUGAUUCUGGCUUUUAAAAAACCGGCUGCAUAUUUUGAAUGCUAAGUUCCAGCUUCAUGAUGUUGAACACCCAGUUUACUAGGUUUCAUUGGCCUUGUCCAGACAUCAUUCUUCUUGUACAAUUGGGGGGGGGGGGAGCUAGCAGGGGUGUGCCUCAUGGCCCCACUGCUGCCCCUGCUGCCCUCUACUCAUUAGAAGGCCAGAUACCUGCAGCAUGGAAACUCUUUUACCUUGGAGAGCUUCCAGUGUGAUUCAGAACCCAUAUGUUCAAGGUUCAAAACUAGGUGGGGAUUCUCCAGAAGUGCUGCAUUUUUCCCUGUUGCAGACAUUUGCUCUCCAACCAGUGCAGGAAACCUGGGACAGUGCCAGGGACGUGACAGAGGGAACUGAGAGAGCCAGCACGUCCCCUUUCUCCCCUCCUACAAUUCUAGUUCAACAAGGGGAAAGGACACUUGCCAUAGAGCUGAACUCUCCCAUCAAAGUCAACUUCUGCAAUGCUGUAGCUGAGUUUGCUAACUUGAAGUCAUUAAAAUACAUGCUAAAAGGUUUUUUUUAAUAAAAAAAUAAUAAUUGGGCAUGUAUAAGAAUGAGAAUAUAAUGGCAAAGGGCCCUUCCCCAUGCAUCUCUGAUGGUAUGGUAAGUGUUUGCUGAUGUGCUCUGUAAUCUGUAUUCUUGCUCAUGUGGCUGUGGUAAGCAUGGCUGUACUAGAACUGUGGGGAGCAGGGCAAGGACAGCCCCAUAGGCAUAUUUAAUUUAAUAGGCAAUCAGAUCUGAUUUCAUAAGGGGGUGGAAUUGAAUGAGAAUCAACACGUUGUAAGAUUUUCACUUGCAUCCACACACUGCAGUAUUUAUCCACUCAUAUGCUGAGUUUUACAUUUGGGACACCUCUCUGGGCACCCCCGCGACUGGAAGCAAGGCAGGUGGCAACCAAGGAGAGAGAGCUUUGUUGGUGGUGGCACCAAAGUCUGUGCUUUAUCAUGUGCCUUGUUGUCUUUGUUGCUGUUUGUUAGGUAUAAUAUUUGUAUUUUUAAAGACGCUUUCAAGCUACCCUAAGAGUGCUAAGUUGUUAUUGAAGGGUGGGAUAUAAAUAUCAGAAAUAAAUAAGGGUCCUCUUCAUUAGCUGAUAAUACUACACUUGCGGGACUGUAACACUGAAGUAUAUUCAGAGGGUCAGGGGAAUAAUGAUGUCUUCCUACUCAUUGGCAGGCUCUUGCAUCUUGGUGAUGGGUAGAUAGCUGAAGUUAGGCCAAAAGCUGGUAUCACUAAAUUGUGGAGCUAUCACUCAAGGAAUUAGUUACUCCCUGCAAAAAAAACCUUGCUGUGAAGGUAGUGGCAUUAAUUUGGAGAUGUAAGUGCUCAGAAGUUCAAGAAAAGUUUCCCUACUGAGUGAAUUUGGCUCGUGUGUAUUUCAGAUGACACUGCACCCAUGCUGAAGGAAUGCGUAAGGAUGGUGCCUAGCUCUGCAUGUUCAGAGCACAUUGGAAGGAGCUGUUCAUGUUUACCUGUAAUGCUGUGUGGGAUGGGGGGAUACGACUCUGAUUGAGCCAGGAUCUGCCCUCAGGUAGAGAAAAUCCAUGCACUUAUACAUAGAUAUGUGCAUAGAGUCUCUUCUAAUGCACUUGGAAGCCAUGUAGUGGGGGCUGUAACUAGCCAGCAUGUUCCCCUCACAUAAGUGUUGUGGGGAGGUCACAUAACAGCCCCCACAACAUUAGUCAGUAAUGGAUCCCUAUUGGGUAAUGGAUUCCAAAUGUGCUGUUAAGAAUGAGCUCAGGUUCAGGAGAACAGCUUACUGGUGGAGUAGCCAAACCACAUUGGUAAGUAUGACGUAUUGUUAUUUGUCAUCACUCAGUGAAAUUAAGUUUGCUCAUUACUGGGCAGUACAGCCCUAUAGAAUUUUUUUUUUUUAAUGAAACAGGAUGUCAGGAUGACUUACAGUGCUAUAUAUAUAUAUAUAUCUGUAACAAAUGUCAAGCUUUAAAAUAAUUUGAGUCAUAUAAUUAAUAGACCAAAUGCCGUUUGUGUUAGCUGCUGCCCUGGGUAAAUCCACAAGUGACCUAAUGACGCAUGUUUUAUUGCAACAUAAUAAAAUGUCACAAGGCUUGGAACCUCUCCAAGUGCUGGUGAAUAAAUCAGAAAUGUGAAGUUAGAAUGCUCUUCGCAGAGUUCAUCAUAAUUAUUUUAUCAUUGUUACAGGACAUAGUUCAAUCCCUUAAUGGAGCUGGAAUUUUUUUUUAUUUUUAUAGUGUGUCUAUUUGCAUAUGUUGUACAUACUCCUCACCCCACCCCGGCACAUUUACAAAAACAAAUCUUUCCCUAAGAGAUCUGCCCAACCCUUUCAUCUUUACAUAGAAAUAUUUUUUUGGAAGGCUUCCAUUCAUUUUAAACCUUGAAAUGCCUCCUAUAUUUGGCUUCAUUUGAUGUUACUUUUUCAGUCUCGGGGGAGCUGUCUUAGAGACACUGUGGCUUUCAAGAACUUGUGUUGGCUGAGAAAAAACAAUCUGUAAUCCUAUACUUUUUUCGUAGACAGGUGUAGGUACAUCAAACAUGUAAUGUAAUAUGGCCAGGAAAGUAACACUCCCUUUGUAGAUAUCAACCUCCACAAGGUAAGGACCUUGCCAGUCAGGCCUGUGGAUCAGCAGAGCUUUUCUUGCUGCCGUUACCUUGUUUCUCAGGCUGGGGUUAAUCUUUCAGUUCUGGAUGUCAAAGAUGGAGGUGGUAUUAAUGUGUGGCAACUGAGGAAAAGGUGAAUUCAGUGCUCGGGAUCGUUAGGAAAGGAACUGAAAAUAAAACUACCAGUAGAAUCAUAGAACUGUAGAGUUGGAAAGGACCAUGAGGGUCAUCUAGUCCAACCCUGCAGUGCAGGGAUCUUUUGCCCAGUGUGGGUCUCAAACCCAUGGCCUUGAGAUAAGAGUCUUGUGCUUUACCAAGAGAGCUAUCCCAGCUGUUACACAAAUUUAUGGUCUGACCAAAAUUGGAAUAAAGUGCACGGUUCCUAUCAACCUCACCUCGAAAAAGGAUAUUGUAGAGCUGGAAGAAGUUCCAAAAAAGGCAACCAAAGUGAUCAAGCAUGUGGAACAACUCCCCUUUGAGGACAGAUGACAACAUUUGGGGCUUUUCAAUUUAGAGAGGCAACAUGAUAAAAGUGUAUGGAAUUAUACAUGGUAUGGGGAAAAUGGAUAGAGCAAAAAAAUGUUCUCAUUUGCUCAUAACCUGACAUCCUGGACAUCUAGCGAAGGUGAAUGUUGUAAGGUUAAGGACAGGAAAAAGAGUGUAGUGUAUUAUUCAACUAUGGAAUUUGUUUCCGCAAGAGACAGUGAUGGAUGGCCACCAACUUGGAUGGCCUUAAAGGAGGAAUAGGCAAAUUUAUGGAGGAUAAAGCUAAGUCCUGCCUCUACUGGUUUUGGGUGUGAGGAAUUAAAAUAUGCUAUUAUUUUUGGGUUUGGGCAACAUUUAGCUUGGUAAGCCUACAUUUGAUGAAGAAGGAAAUAAACUUUUUGGAAAACCAGAUAAUUUUAAUUUUACCUUUUGAAAAUGUCAGGUAAUGCUAAAUAAUAAUAAUAAUAAUAAUAAUAAUAAUAAUAAUAAUAAUAUAAUUGCAAGUACCUGACAGUCAUUUUUAAUUACUUCUAUGAAAUUGUACACAUAUUUUACUCACCAAGCAAAACUAAAUUAUAUUAAUAUAGCCAAAAUAUUUUUUUGAAUUCCCAAGUCAUGUUACAACAUUUUAAGUGUCCCUCAUUUUUGGAAUUUGAAAGGUGAAAAAUUCAACACGCCCUAUUGGGUCAUGAAGAAGAAGAAGAAGAGUGAGCUCAGUUGGUAGAGUAAGAGACUCAGGGUUGAGGGUUUGAGCCCCAUGUUGGUCAAAAGAUUCUUGCAUUGCAGUGGGGUUGGACCCUUGUGGUAACUUUACAGUUCUAUGAUUUUAUGCUUGCUGGGGCUGAUGGGACUUGUAGUUCAGCAACACCUGGAGGGCCAAAGGUUCCCCAUAACUGUUUUAAGUAUUGAAGGAAUGCCUCUGGGCAAGGGGAUCUUCCAUUAACUGCCUGAGUCAAAGAAGCCUACAAAGCUGUCCCAUCAUUGGUCUAUCUAGCCCCGUGUAUUAUCUAUUCUGGCUAUUAAUGCCUUUCUAGGGCUUGAGGUAGCAAGGCACUUUUCCCAUCAUCUGCUGCUUUUGAUUUAAGGCACCAGGGACUGAACCUGAGAUCAUUUGCGUUCCAGAUCUAUAGCACAUUCCCACAGCUCCCAUGUUACUUGAGAGACUGAGCUCUCCAUCCCAGCAAAAUUUAUUUACUUAGCAGUAAAACUUCUGAAAGGAAAAGGUAAGCUACCUACAUACCUGACACACCCACAGGGCAUUAAAUUUGCAUCACUGUAAAAAUUUACUGAGGUGAUAUAACUAUUUCCUUAUUGGAUUGAAUGGUAAACCUGUUAAAGUGGAGGAAAGAACAUAUAUUUGCAUAUGUCAAAGGGCAAAAUAUCUGCUUUUAUUGUUUAACAAUAACUUUUAAAUAUUGAACCUGGUACAAGACAAUAAAAAGAAGUUUAUUCAGCCCUCAUUGGGUGAGAUUGUAUGUCUUCCUGAUGCACUGUGUAAGAGCUUUCCAUGGCUUUCAAAAUAUGUGCUACAGCAGGGCAAGAAUGACAGUGUCCCUUGCACUCCUACUGUUCUGCUAAAUAUCUUCCCACUUUCUAAAACCACACCUGCAGAAUCCUGUGUCUCUGCUGUUCUACUAUAGUAAUGUCCUGUUAAGGCCAGUGGCUUGAGAAUAGACUUUUGAACUGUUGGAGCUAAAUGCAGUCAAGUUGCCUUGUCCUUUGCCUACAGAGCUAAGUAAAUAUAAUGCAAAACUAGGGUUGAGCCAGGAUUCCCAGAAGCUGUGUCUUGCAAAAUACACUUCCAUGAACCAAUGUCCCCCCUCCCUUCCUGUUUUGGUCAGGAUUUAUUCGUUUGUUUCACCUCUAAAAUGGAAAGCGACUAUUCUCUCAUUCAGUAGCCAAGACCUCAUACUGAUCUGGCAUUGUGACAUCCCACUGUCACAUGUGAGGGGCUACAUUGAGUCAUGAUCAUGAAUCCAUAAUUGCUGAUUAGCUGGAUCAUUAGCCAACUUGAAAAGCAUGCAAAGCAUCUGCCAAGAGGGAUGGUGAACAGGAGAAAAAUAUUGAGGGGCCAUCAGAAUAUUUGGGAAGGGUCAGACUCCCUUUUACCUAUCCAAAUUUUAUCAGCCCUACCUAAGAACAAACAAUAUAAUUUACUUUCAUGUGUUCUUAACUAAGUUACUUAAUUUUCUAUUAAAAUUUUACUUGGUCAGUAGAGAGCAGCAAGGCUGAAUACUCAAUGGAUUCAAAUAGUAAGCCAACAUGGUCAAAAACUGUCUGGGAUUGAACCUUUUCUUUUUAUGGGGACUUAUUUUUAUGUGGAAUAACACUGAAAACUGGAACCCACUCCUCAGCUGCAAUUGGCUCUACCCUCUCAUCCCCAUCUGUGUGUAUAGGUUUGACUUAGGGUUUGAUCUGCACAGGUGUGUUGAGCCUGUUGUUUGAGGAAGCAUAACUUUCUGGCCCAAAAAUCAGCUUGGAGUGUAAAACUGUAACACAGGAUGGUCUUACUAUGACUAGGGUUGCCACUUGUCCUGUAUAAUACAGGAUUGCCCCGUAUUUCAAUGUAAAAUGCUACGUCCUACAUUGAUUCAAUGCAGUUUGUUCUGUAUCUCUGCUUCUCUCUCCCCAUCUCUCUCUCUGCCAAGUGUGUGAAAGCGAUCAUGUAUUAAAGCUCUGGGCAGCAAAGUACAGACAGAUUUACAAAUUCAAGUGUAUGUGUGUGCAUGUGACAGAUUCCAGAGAGGCCGUCCUGUUAGGCUUCAGUAGAUUAUGAUGGAUUGUUUUGAAGUCAUUUCAGCACCGCACCCUGCCCUGUAUUAUUCCAGAACAAAGGUGACAACCCUACAUGAGUCAGAUUAUGGGUACAUCUAUCACAGCGUUGCCUCCACCAAGGGCAGUGAACUUGUGGCUUUCCGGAUAUUGCUGCACUACCCAUCUCUGACCAUUGAACAUGCUAUGUGGGGCUGAUGGGAGUGGCAGUCCAACAACUUCUGGAAAUACACAGUUUCACCAACCCUGGUCUGCAGCAACUUUCAAGGGUUUCAGACAGGAGUCUUUUCCAGCGCUACCAUAGAGAUGCAGGGGAUACAAAUCUGGGACUUUCUAUAUGCAAUGUAUUUAUUAUACUAUUGAGCUUUGGCCCUUACCCAUAAAAGGUGGUGGAAAAUAGUUGCAUUAAUCCACCCACAGUGAAGUACAGAUAGCACUAAAUGCAAAGACUUCUUGAUGGAGAAAUUAGCAGGGAGUAAGGACAGUGAUGCAAUUUUACCAGAGGCUCUCUGUAUGAUUGAAAUAGAGAGAGAUGGCCAGCCCUGGAUUCUAUAAAGGCUGUUGUUCUGGAAUGUUGGAGAACUAUGGAGGCUUGAAGGGGAAAAUGUCUAGGCACUGAAAAAAGUCUAUCCUUUGGAUAUAAGAUAUUCAAGAGCCCAUGACUCUACCAUGUCACUAUUCUUUUUUAAUUUCCCUCUUCCAAAUUCCCUUAUCCUACAAAGUAUUUUAACUGGGUGUCUAAUUUGUGUUUGAUACAGGGAUUUCACCAUUUUGCUUUCAGCAAUCAGAAUGCACCAAUGCGAUUGGGCAUUUAUCUCUGUCCCUCUCUCAUCCCAUUGAUGUUUCUUGCUGUCAGGACACCUACCGUUCCUUCAUUUCAGCCCGAAAUUUUCCUCUAUUCAUAUUUCCUCUCCACGGUUCCUGAGUUCACCCUUGUGUACCGCAUGGUAUUUGUUCUCCAAUUACUCCUUCAUUGAGAGAUUAAGGAACUCAAAAAGAUUGUCUCGCUCAAACUGGCUUGCCAGUAUCUCUUUGAUCAGAGGAAUGUAAUCAAAGCAAAACAUGUAGACUGGUGGACUGGUAAGAAAGGCUCAUGCUGAUUUUGAGGACAGGCUGUAGUUAAACCAUUCAGUGGUUUGGAUGAGAGAAUAUGAAAUGAGACAGAGAGCGAGAAGCGAGACUAUUGCACCUAAAUAGUUAUUCAUACCUGUGUUUUCUCUCUCUACACCUACUGUGUCUCAGCCUUGUGCACAGAAAACUUGUGUUGCAGUGGUUUUUGACUGCUGGAGGCUAUAACUAAUGCUCUGCUCUCCCUUUUAUCUAUCUUAUUUCUAGUAACAUAUAUUCCCCUCUGCUGUUUCUUCAAAACUCUGUUUAAAAAUGAAGGCAAGACCCAGCAGUUAACAGUCCUAGAUAUUGUACAGAUUCACAGCAAACACUGACAUGUACUCUCCCGUUCCCACUUGCAAAUGCAGAGAUCUUUGAUUAUCAAAAUGUACCCAUCAAAGACAAGACGAGCUUCUCUUUCACUGUUCCCGUCAGCCAAUUUUAUAUUCGCGUGUUGACCUCUAUGCAUGUUUUAUUGGCCAAGUGAAGUGAGACUUUUGGUUUAAUCUCCAAAUUUGAUAUCUUUCUCAUAUAUAAAAAAAUAUUUUUAUUGAAAAUUUAUUGCAACAUAAAAAUACAAUAGAAGUCAAAGUAAUCUAAAGAAAUAAAUUUUACAAAAACCAAAAUAAAGAAAGAUCAAGAGAUAGAAAGAAAAACAAAGAAGAAAGAGGAGCUUCCAAUCCUCUAACCAUUCAAAUUACAGUCAUACCUCAGGUUACAGACGCUUCAGGUUGCACAUUUUUGGGUUGCGCACCGUGCCGAACCCAGAAGUACCAGAACGGGUUACUUCUGGGUUUCCGCGCAUGCGCAGUAGCGCUAAAUCGCGCUUUGCACAUGCACAGAACCGCCAGGUUGCGACCCGCACGUGCGCAGAUGCGGCGCUGCAGGUUGCGAAUGCUGCGGGUUGUGAACGUGCCUCCCGCACAGAUCACGUUCGCAACCCGAGCGUCCACUGUAUUCAAAGCAUUCACUAGUAGGAUACCAUCUAGCUAUAUCAUAUAAUAUAUAGGUGCUUAUCAGUCUGCCAGACAUAAAUCUUCUCAGACACCACAAAUUAAUAUUUUUUUUCACUCAAAAAGUCAAAAAGUAGUUCUUGAUUUUUUAAUUUUUUCCCAUUAUUUCCAUUUACAGUCCAGCUCAAUAAAUUCUUUCCAAGGAUUCCAUCAGAUCUUAAUAUUAUAAUCCUGUCAUUUGUUUUGUAACAAUAUCUACCUUGAAGACUGAGAUUUCAGAAUGGUGUACCCAGUCGGAACAGAAUUCUGCAUAUUAUGCAUAUGUAUACAUUGGGAUUUCUGUUACGGGGCAGUGCUACUUAAAAAGAAACAACAACAACAACAAUAAAGCAAUUUUAAAAAGAAGAAAUGGCAAUAAUCUUCCAGUAAAGAGUUAGCCUUGAAGCUGCUAGUAUGCCGCUUCUGUUUGUUUUUCUCAUUCUCUGAUUUCCUCUGUGCUAAUCUGUUAGAAACAUUUUUAAAGCCACAUUAUCAGGUUGUCGGGAGUACUCAGGCAGAUAACAUAAUUGCUCCUGUUCUGGAAAAAGUCUGAGAGCUGUGUUCCCGUGUUCCCUGUCCACUGCAUCACCCCGAUGGUGUGGGUGUUCAGCAUCUCAGAACUGUGAUAAUGCACUAAAUGGCUAUUUGGUUGCUUUUUAGGCCCUAACAAGACAUGACAAAGGACACGUGGUUGUUGGUGGCCCAUGUCACAUUAAUAUAUGUGUGUAUCUCUAUAUGCAUUUAUGAAUGAUGCAAUCAUUCACCAUUUCUCCACCUGCUCUAUGCAAUGGACAGUGAAUUUGAGCACAGGUAGAGAAAUGGUGAAAGCCAUUUUGGGUAAUGACUUUUGCUAGACAUUACCUGAGAGAUGCAUAACCUACAUGUGAUCAGCCGCCGCCAUGCAUUUCUACAACAUACACUUUGAUCCUAAUUGUCAAAGAUUUUUCCAGAUUUCUAAACUCUCAUUGCCGUGCAUAGAACACGGGUUGCGGUUUGGCUUCUUUUGCUGAGUGCAUUUGAAGUCACGUGGUUUCAAUGCUAAUAGUGAGAAACCUCCAGCCAAGCUGGCUUGCGUGACUUACAAAUAAAAUUGAUUUUAUUGCAUUGCAGUCCAUUGAUCACACUAUGUUUCUGCACUACUGAAGAGAUCAUGGCAGCAGUUAGCUUUUGCAAGUAUGACUGACAGAUCCUUAAUCGGCAAAAUUCCAAAGAAACCCUAACUAAUAAUAUAGACUUGCCUUAUAGGGUUGCUGUAAACUCAAUGUAUUUGAAUAAGCAGGGGUCACAUAACUGUUAAGGUGCAUGAGCAUAUUUCAAAAUUUGAGGAACUCUCAAAUUGGCCAAUUUCUCUUCCCUUCCAACGUCUUCAAACAGCAUCCAGGCAUUAUUUUAAUAUACACACAGGCAAUGCAUUUGCCUCUGCUCCAAAGCACAAAAUCGCCCUCCCACAAAAUUUAAAUAAGCCACAAUCCCCUCCCAGGCAUUCCAGCACUCCUUCUCUCCUCAGACCCUUAAGAAGCAACCAUGUGACAUAUUUCUCCUCUUUUUAUUUAGUUCAGUGCAUACAUAAAUAGAUACAUGCAGGCACCUUGGCUGAGCACAAGCAAAGCGCUAGCUUGGUUUGUCCCCGGUGGAGUUCAGAUGCAUUCUGGGCAUAAAGAAAGCAAGAUGGCUGAGUUGGCUGCAAGCUAGAGCUUGUCUCCUAAAGGUGAAAAAGGUGAAAAAACUAAGCAAAACCACCUCCCUCCAAACUUCCAAAAAUUAGAAGAGACCUUGGGAGGGUGUCAGGGGAGACUAUGGGGGCACUGGGGAGCAUGCAGACAGCCACCAUGUUGGCUGCUAUAGCAAUAUUAUUAUCUGCAGCUUAGGUUCUCUAGUUCCUUUGGAAGUUAGACUCCUCUGUCAGCGCAAAUUGACUUUAGGAUGCUGUCCAUGAGUAUAUCAGCUUAGGGCCAGAUGAAAGCUGUGUUUACGUAAAAGCAAGCUUUGGGUAGAAUUCAACUGCAUGUAGUUUUAUAAUAAUGUUGCUAAUUCUGCUGAUUUCUGUUGGGAGGGGGAUUUUAGUUAGACUGAUUUAUUUUGUGUGUUAUGGGUUUUUUUAGAAAUCUUUUUUUAAAAAAACAAGUCUUGAAUUUCAAUCAGUAGGAAAGGAAGGUAUUUUAAGCAGCUGAAUGUUCCUGCAAAAAAGCUCUAGAAGUGGUGCUCAGGGGGUGAUUACCAAGCAGAACCAGUGGCUAUUUCUAUAGCACUCAUAUCUGUAGUUUGCUGUAGAGCCUUCAAUGCUAAUCAUUGCCUUCCUUCCUUUUAUUGUUAUUUCAAAGACUCACAGCUCACUUUUUCUAUUUUAAUUUAAAUGUUUCAAAGUGGUGUAGAAUAACAUGCAGUUAAAACAUCCAAUUAAAAAAAAAACAGUAUCCCAAAGCAAACUGUAAAAGCAAUGGUGGUAGUAAAAGUUAUAUAAAAAACCAGGUAAAACAAUGAGAUUUACAGCAGGCAACAUCAAAUAAAAAAGGUCUUGUCCCGGCAUCUGAAUCAUAACAGGGCAAUCCCUGGGUGGGCGUUGCUAGGAGUGAGGUUGCAUAAUUGGAGUGGCACCAUUAAAGUCCCUCUGAAAACAGAUGGAUUCAUAAAAGGGACUCUGAAGAAGAUCUUGGAUCUCUGAAGAUUCCUAGGAGAGUGAGCAGUCCUUUGGGUUGUGUGGCAAGGAAGAGCACCUCAUCAUAACUCGCCCUUUACUACUUGGUCUCAGAGUGGGGUGCAUAAUUAAUUUAAAGCUAUAAUUCAUUGCAUAAAGUAACACAUAGAAUCAUAGAAUAGAAUCAUAGAGUUGGAAGAGACCACAAGGGCCAUCGAGUCCAACCCCCUGCCAAGCAGGAAUCACCAUCAGAGCACUCCUGACAUAUGGUUGUCAAGCCUCUGCUUAAAGACUGUCGAACAGCUCUUACUGUCAGGAAGUUCUUCCUAAUGUUUAGGUGGAAUCUUCUUUCUUGUAGUUUGGAUCCAUUGCUCCGUGUCCGCUUCUCUGGAGCAGCAGAAAACAACCUUUCUCCCUCCUCUAUGUGACAUCCUUUUAUAUAUUUGAACAUGGCUAUCAUAUCACCCCUUAACCUCCUCUUCUCCAGGCUAAACAUGCCCAGCUCCCUUAGCCGUUCCUCAUAAGGCAUCGUUUCCAGGCCUUUGACCAUUUUGGUUGCCCUCCUCUGGACACGUUCCAGUUUGUCAGUGUCCUUCUUGAACUGUGGUGCCCAGAACUGGACACAGUACUCCAGGUGAGGUCUGACCAGAGCAGAAUACAGUGGCACUAUUACUUCCCUUGAUCUAGAUGCUAUACUCCUAUUGAUGCAGCCCAGAAUUGCAUUGGCUUUUUUAGCUGCCGCGUCACACUGUUGGCUCAUGUCAAGUUUGUGGUCAACCAAGACUCCUAGAUCCUUUUCACAUGUACUGCUCACAAACCAGGUGUCACCCAUCUUGUAUUUGUGCCUGUCAUUUUUUUUGCCCAAGUGCAAUGCUUUACAUUUCUCCCUGUUAAAAUUCGUCUUGUUUGUUUUUGCCCAGUUCUCUAAUAUGUCAAGGUCGUUUUGAAGUGUGAUCCUGUCCUCUGGGGUGUUAGCCACCCCUCCCAGUUUGGUGUCAUCUGCAAAUUUGAUCAGGAUGCCCUUGAGUCCAUCAUCCAAGUCGUUGAUAAAGAUGUUGAUUAAGACCGGGCCCAAGACAGAACCCUGUGGCACCCCACUAGUCACUCUUCUCCAGGAUGAAGAGGAACCAUGGAUGAGCACCCUUUGGGUUCGGUCAGUCACCCAGUUACAAAUCCACUGAGUGGUAGCAUAGUCAAGACCGCAUUUUACCAGCUUCUUUACAAGAAUAUCAUGGGGCACCUUGUCAAAUGCCUUGCUGAAAUCAAGGUAGGCUACAUCCACUGUGUUCCCUUCAUCUACCAGGCUUGUAAUUCUGUCAAAAACGAGAUCAGGUUAGUCUGACAUGACUUAUUUUUCAGAAAUCCAUGCUGACUGUUGGUGAUCACAGCAUUCCUUUCUAGGUGCUCACAGACUGUUUGCUUAAUGAUCUGCUCCAGAAUCUUCCCUGGUAUUGAUGUCAGACUGACCGGGCGGUAAUUAUUUGGGUCCUCUCUUUUCCCCUUUUUGAAAAUAGGGACAACAUUUGCCCUCCUCCAGUCUGCCGGGACUUCGCCUGUUCUCCAGGAAUUCUCAAAGAUGACUGCCAGUGUUUCUGAGAUCACAUCUGCCAGUUCUUUUAAUACUCUUGGAUGCAGUUCAUCUGGCCCUGGAGACUUGAAUAUAUCUAAACUAGCCAAGUAUUCUUGUACUAUCUCCUUAGUUAUUCUGGGCUGUGUUUCCUCUGCUGAAUCAUUUGCUCCAAAUUCUUCAGGUUGGGCAUUGUUUUCUUUAUCGGAGACGACUGAGGCAAAGAAGGCAUUGAGGAGUUCAGCCCUUUCUGUGUCCCCUGUUUGCAUUUCACCAUCUUCUCCUCUGAGUGACCCCACUGUUUCUUUGUUCUUCCUUUUGCUACGAACAUACCCAUAAAAGCCUUUUUUGUUGCUUUUAACCUCUCUAGCAAGCCUGAGUUCAUUCUGUGCUUUAGCUUUUCUGACUUUGUGUCUAGACGUGCUGGCUAUUUGUUUGAAUUCCUCUUUGGUGGUUUCCCCCCUUUUCCAUUUUUUGUACACAUCCUUUUUUAAUCUUAACUCAGUUAAAAGUUCUUUAGAUAGCCACCCUGGCUUCUUUAGGCACCUUCCAUGUUUCCGUCUCAUUGGUAUUACCUGAAGUUGUGCUUUUACUAUCUCCCUCUUAACAAACUCCCAGUCAUCAUGAACUCCCUUUCCUUUUAGUAUUACUGUCCAUGGGAUCUCACCCAGCACUUCCCUAAGUUUUAUGAAGUCGGCUUUCUUAAAGUCAAGAAAUUGAGUCCUAGUAUGCUUGGCUGCUCCUUUCCGCUGUAUAGUAAACUUCAGAAGAGCAUGAUCACUCGCGCCUAAUGAUCCUUCCACUUCUACCCCACUAACCAGGUCAUCAACAUUGGUUAGGACCAGAUCUAAAAUGGCUGUUCCUCUUGUUGCUUCUCCCACUUUCUGGACAAUGAAGUUGUCUGCAAGGCCAGUGAGGAAUCUGUUUGACCUUAUGCUCUUGGCUGAGUUUGACAUCCAACAAAUAUCCGAGUAAUUGAAGUCUCCCAUUACUACUAUCUCCCUUCCUUUUGCAUGCUUGGCCAUCUGUUCCAGGAAGGCAUCAUCUAUGUCCUCCGUUUGGCUUGGGGAUCUAUAGUAAACCUAAAGCAAAAUAAAAAGAAUUCCUUCCAGUAGCACCUUAGAGACCAACUAAAUUUGUUAUUGGUAUGAGCUUUCGUGUGCAUGCACACUUCUUCAGAUACCGAAAUUACUAAAUUACUAAAGCAGUAAGCCGGUCUGUAUUGAUAGCAGUCAAGUACCUGAGCUCAUAACCAGUUCUUGACAUGCAGCCUGAAACAAAUUCAGAGCUGGUGCCAGGUGGGCUCAGAGGUGAGGGUGUUCCAUGGUUGGGGUGCCACCAUAAAGGAGGCCUUGUCUUGUGUCUCCACAUAAUGUUUAGCUCCCAAAGAAAGGGCGCGGAGGAGAACUUUCCUGGCAGAACUUAAUAUUCAUGCAGGACAAUUGUGAGUGUUGGAGCGGGGGGAGAGGAGAGAGAUUUCUUCAGGUCCCUAGAUCCAAAGUAUGCUCGAGAACACACACAAAUUGCAACACUUCCUUAUUGGUACCACUUAAAAUAUUACCCUGUGUGUUUUCUGCAGAGUAUUACACUACCAUCUUUCAAGAGGAGUGCAACUUUAUGGCAGCCAUUUUGCACCCGUCCCCAUGGUCAGGCUGGUAUUAAGGCCCAAGGGUGUGGCAUUGCUUCGGAAGUUUAUACAGAUAUGUUCCUUAGAGGUCACCUGGCAUCAUUUCCCAUCCACGCCCUGUACAAUUGCCUAAAGAAGCAAGCAGUGCCCUAACAACCCAAGUGAGAGGAUUUGUUGAUUUAUGCCUUAAGUUAUAUCACAUGGGGCAUGUUUGAAAUCCAGCCUGCCAUGGUAAAAUUAAUCAUUUUUCUUUCUUUCUUGCAAGAUGGGCUUUUUUUUUAAACUAAAGGAUCUGCCAAGGGUAGCUAAAAAUAACCACUGCGCUCCUCCCUAGCUCUGAUUCUCAGAUCUACCUAUUCCCAUCAUGCACUUUUCUGGGAUACAUAAAUGAGACUCCCAUGUUCCUGUGAAUUAAGAAGCAUUCGGAAGUUAACUUCAAGAAGGCUGAUGGAUUUUCGACAGUGCUUCCGUGCAAGAACUUGCUCCCAGGUAAUGACAGGGUUGGUUUGCUUUUCUUUAAUGAAGAGGUCAAAACUGAAGGAGUCUUGAGAUUUGAGGUUUUUUUAAAAAAAUAAAAAUCAAGAGAAUAUUUUACAGGCGCCUGGUGACACACCAAAACCUAUGCAUUCUAUCACUCCUGCAGUUGAAUACACAUUGUACAUUGAAACCCCGCCCCCUUGAUCCUGGAAACUGUAGUUUGUUAAGGUUGCUGGGAACUGUAGCUCUGGUGGGUGUAUUACAGCUCCUGUGAUUCUUUGUGCUUUAAAUGUAUGGUGUGUACACAUACUUUAGCACUUGUGCCUAGAUCUAAAAGGCUGCUAAAGACAGUGGUGAUCCUUUCGCAUUUGUGGUGUUUCUUUUUAAAUGGACUUUUUAAGCAAACGGGAGAUUUAUUAUAAUGACACCGAGGGUCUUCUGAGUAAGCAUGCAUAGGAUUUCACAGUUUAAACCCCCCCCCCCCGAUUUCCUUCUCUGUCUUUUGUUAGCCAUCUUUUCUUGAAAGUCCCAAAUCGGAUUUAUAAGAAGAUAGUAUCAUACAGGUUGCACAUUGUCUUGGUAUUUAUUAUUCCAAACGAUAAGGAACACAGUCCAUUUUCCUGUAAACAUUUCCCCCCUUAUUUAUGCGUAUUCUCUUAAUAGUAAUUAAGUUUAUCAUUGUUAUAGUGGAUCAUAUUGUCUCAAUCCAAUCGAUUAAGGAUGGUGCAUUACUGUUUACCCAAUUCUUUGCCAUACUUAUUUUUACAACUGUUAAUGAAUUGAUUACUACCUUCAAAUAAUUGUUAUCCACCUUGAGUCUUUGGGGUACAGUUGGACAGAAAUGCGUAUCAAUCAGAAGGUGUGAACAGAUCUGUAUGGGUUUCUGCCUUUCCAUGUCGAUAUAUGCAUUCAGCAUACAGUAUUUCUGAAGGAAUGCCUAUUAUUUUAUCCAGUCUCUAAGAUCUGCUUCUGUUACUAUCCUGUGGUUGGAAUGACAUCUGGCAGUGCCUUCAGGACAGAUCUGUUUCCAUCAUGGGGCUGAGAUUGUGGAACAUUUUUUCCAGAGAGAGAAUCUAUCAGAUUCUUGUCACUGCUUAGUUUUUAAAAAGUACGGGUGGUAUUUUCUUUCUUUCUUUCUUUCUUUCUUUCUUUCUUUCUUUCUUUCUUUCUACAAGAUUUCUCACCCCUGUGUUUUUAAUAGCAACUUGAUUUUUUUAAAAAUUACUUAUUGAUACCCACUGUGCAUUUAUUAUUAUUACUCACAAUAUUUCGUAUGCUGUAGUCGGGAUUUUGUUUUAACACAAAUAGCGUUGGCAAGUGCUGUACUCACAAAGCACAUUGGCAUUGAUUGUGGCUUGCUGUGGUUUCACUUCGCUGAAGUCGGAUUGGUGUAUAUCAGCUUAGAAGAUCAGAACCAGUUUUUAAAAAGUCCAAAAUUAUUUUGAGUGAGGCUUCAGCUUCUGUAUCUCUUGCCGCACUGGUCUCUUCACCCAGUUUUUCAUUCCACCUGUUGUGAGACAAAAGGCUAAUGUCUGGCAGGAGGGGAGACUGAAUAAAAGCACCUUUGUGAUGGGCGUUGCAGCAACUAUCAAUGCUCUGUCUUUGCGCUAUGCUGCACAAGGCUGUGAUCUUUAUUGUGCAUUUGUUCUUUAGGUUUGCUUGGCGAUGUUUCAGGUCAUAGCCUUUCUGUAUAGCUCUCAGAGUGAGCAGGUAAAAUUGUGGGAUCUACCACAAUUUAGUCUACAGCUCUUGUGCUGGUAUUCUUCUCUGAAAAGAAAAUUCUGUCUGAAGGUGAUCAGCAAAACCAGGUAAAGGCUAUGCUCAGCUUCUCUCCUGAGUAUGCUAGUUCACAACAUGCAGGAAUCUGUUUUAUUUUACUGUGCAUUAAAUAAAUACAGUUCUCCAUCUGUUUUGUGCAGAAGCGCAUCCCAGAAUUGUUAUAGCACCUCACUCCUCAUUUGCCACGAAGUGUUAACUGCCCAUUAAUUCUCAGCUUAGUCUCCCGCCUAGGUUUUUCUUCUUUUCUCUUCCCAUCAGUUAUUUGAGUUCAGUUCUUUGACAUAAAUCUGCAGGCACCUGUAAAACUUCUUCACAAACUCAGAAUUGGGGAAGGCUAUAUUCCUCCUUCAAGGUUAGUGGCAAUCCCUUUGUCUUUGGCCUUGAAUCAAAACUGCCUUGGCAUGUGGGAAACGAAACUUUGUUAAUCCUGAAUGGAGGAAAGAAUCACAAAAGAAAACUGUUUACUCUGAAUCAAUUUGCUCAGUUAAAUACAGCUUAAUUGUUUUCCUCAUGGUGACUUUGUGCUGAGUUUCCCUGUGAAUUCUGCCAGAUAGGUUCUGGUUUUAUCCAAACCAGAUGGCAUAAUGUUUACAUAAACUCAAUUUCUCUGUCUUUUUCUCCUUGCCUCCCCAAAGCCAUGUCUAUUUUAUUUGGGUCCUGCCGCUUAAGCAACCACAAGAUUUUCUAGCCCCACCAUUAUUUAUGGCUAUUUGAAAAUAAAUUAAUUACUCUCUGUUAUUUACAUAGGUUUUUUUUUAAUACAGCCUGAAUUCUAGCCAGUCUUAGUCUUACAGUGUUGUAAAGAAAGCCACUAUUAUAGCUGUUGGACAGUGGUGACUGAGUAAUCAUGACUUGUCUGAGGUCGUAUAAUGUCUUGCAAACUGAUUUUAUUAUGGUCAAGUGCCAUGUACAUUUUGUUAAAUAUUUUUCGUUAAAUAACCAAGAAGGACCUUGCAUAUGGAAAAGAAUAUGAAACCUAUAUGUCAAACUGCAGUGAACUUGCAUGCAUGGUUUUUCUUCACUGAAGGUGUAUUAAGUAGAUAGCAGUUUCCUGGUUCAGAGAAAACCUUCAAUCCUGGUUUAUGUUCCAUUAACCCAGUGGAACGUCGCUUUCCCAUUGAUAUUAAUUUUUUACCCAUAAGCAUUGUUUGGAACCCAAGUUGUAAGUGGGUCUUUCAGUAGUGUCUUAAAUAUAUUUUACCUUUUUUUUUUUUUUUUGCUGGAUCAUACUUAAAUAUUUCAACUUGCUUGCGAUCUUCUUGCAUAGGCUGAAACCUCUACCUGUAGCAUCACACAAACUGUUAAAAAGUCAGGCCAAUGAAGUCUUAUAUUGCUUCUAGGAGAUACCUGGGUUUGAGUUUUGAUGAAUAUCCAAUUGAAGGGACAUAAUCUGACUGGGAAGCAGCCACCUUGAACCUCUCUCAACUUACCUUACUGGAGUGGGCAGAUGGAUUUACCGUACUGUUAUUUACAGUCCCAUGUAGUUCCGUAAGCUAUUGUGUAUUUACAGGCUAUGGGGGAGACCACAUGUUGUUAUUCAUGCUCCCCCCCCUUUCUUUUUUUAAUCUCAUACCACCACAUGAUUGCUGGACUGGGAGUUGUCUCAUUUUAAGCUUAAUACGGCUUGAGGUUUUUUUACAGGUCUAAAGAAAAACAGUUUGCCUCUAAUAUUAUGAGCUGUGAAGUUCCCUUGUUCAAAACUCUACUCCCCCAUUGUCCUCAUUUUAAUAGGCAAAUAAGCCACUAACUUCAAGCCACAGCCUUCCUCUUAAAAAUAGGGUAUAAUCAUGUUGACUUGACUUAUAAGAAUUCCUCAGGUAGUGUAUGCAAAGUGCUCUUAAGAACGUUAAUGUUUGGCUCAGCCGUUUGCCACCUGGUGCCCUCCAGAUGUUUUGGACUACAGUUCCUAUCAUACCUGGCAAUUGCCUGGCUGGGAUUAAUGGGAUCUGGAGUCCAGCAACAUCUGGAUGGCACCAGGUUGGGAAAGACUGGCUUAGAUGCUUAUUAUUAUUAUUAUUAGGGAUGGCUGAAUGUGUAAUACUGAGUGCCUCUGGCUUUGAAUUUCCAGAAAAGUUGGCUGCAUUAUAUCUUACUCACCUUUCCCCCUGCCCAAGGUCCACCCCGGAGAGGUAAAUCUUCUUGAUUAAAGGUGACAGCUGGCAUUCAUCUUUUCGGAAGGGGAGGGUGUGAUAGACAAAGUGAUUGAGUUCAGGUGUUGAGGGUGGAGUAGUGUUUAGAUUGAGACUAGAGCCUGAAAGUUUCAAUUUGCGAAGAAACCCUGACAUAUGUCACUGCUGAGGAAGCUAGGCAGGUUUCCCUGUUUCAUUGGUGUAUAGAGAAAAAGGAUGCUGGUAGAUUGGUUUUCAUUCGUUUUUAAAAUAAAUAGCAAGCAACACAGAUAAUCCAUCUCAUUUGUUUUCAUUAUGAAAAUGAAGGGGGUUCGAAUGAAUAAAUGCUGAUUUUUUUUAAAAAAAAAUGAUUUGGCUUCUGUUUGAUUUAUUUUUCAAUCAUUUCUAUUUGGGGGGGGGCGGUAUCAAUGCCUCUGGAGACCACAGAAAGGCUGCAGGGCUGUAUGCAAAGAGGAAGCACAAAGAUAUCACCCAAUAUCAAACGGGCUCUUUAAAAUGAGAAUCAUUUGUUCGAUCUAUAUUUGGCAGGUGGAGUGACGCCUGGUUUGUGAGGCUGGAGUUCUCGUAGAAUGCCUGAAACGUCAUACUAUUUAGAUGCAAGACAUGGAAAUUAUGGGUGGCAGACGAUUAGUAGGGAGCUCCUGCUGAAAUAAAUGGGGGAAAGCAAUGAAUGCAAUUCCUAUUCAUGGAAAACAAAAUGAACGAGACUUUCCCAGUGAACAUGCCCCCACUCUUAGGUUUGUAUAAAUGUAAAACCUGUCUCAGCUGCAGCAGUUUGUGCACGUUUACAUCCAGGCAGAGGUGCCAAGGUGGUGCCGCACAUGAUGUGGCGUGGCUGUUAAGAAGUGAGGGAAGUGAACUGUUCUAUCUAUAGCGCCCACUCCCCAAAGUCAGCUCAGCCCAAGUCUCUUCUUUGCCUAAUAACAGCAAUGUAAAAAACCCAGCACCGCAUAAUUUAAGCUGCUGUGUUAUCAUUACAGUGGUACCUUGGGUUAUGUACGCUUCAGGUUACAUAUGCUUCAGGUUACACACUUCACCAAGCCAGAAAUAGUGCUUCAGGUUAAGAACUUUGCUUCAGGAUAAGAAUAGAAAUUGGGCUCUAUUGGCGUGGUGGCAGCAGGAGGCCCCAUUAGCUAAAGUGGUGCUUCAGGUUAAGAACAGUUUCAGGUUAAGUACGGACCUCCAGAACGAAUUAAGUACUUAACCCGAGGUACCACUGCACUGUUAUUUGCUAUUCUUUUAUCUAUGUUCUUCUCUAAGGAAUUUGGUGGUGUGUUGGCCUCAUAAAUCUGCAAUGAAGGUCAGGUGGAGAGAUAGUUACACUUUUCACCAAGUGUGGGCAAAGGCUUGUUUACAAUAUGUGUGUCCUUGGGAGAGUGACCAUCCACUUCUUUUACAUCUGGGUUGACUCGUGCUUCAGUGGCAAAGAGGUCAUCUGAUAUUUCAUCACAGGUACGAUAAAGCUUGCCAUGGCAAGCGACCUUAAAGUGGGUUGGCUGGUGGUUUGCUGGAGCUUAUGCUUGUAACAGGGCUCUCUGGCAUACUCCGCAUCUCAGGUACAAAUUAAUGAACCACUCGAAAGAUGCAUGAAUCAACCCUGAUUUUGCUAACCUGCACGGUGGCUGUUAAACCUAGUGGUAGUUAUUCUGUUUCAGGAUUCUCUUUGCAGGGGACCCUUGUUAACACAUAUCAGGGUCAUAGCAAUUGCACUGUGGUUCAGUUUGUCCUUGCAUCACAUAUUGCCUUAUGUUGCUUUCCACUAUUCUGCUUGGUACAGAAUAUUAUCAUACUCCCAGAUGAACCAGUUUUCUUCCAUUUUCAUGGUAUGCAGCAGGUGGGGGGGGGGGCGCACACUUUCAAUAGUUGUAGCACAGUUUUCUGCAUAUCAUAGCUGUCAACGUUUGCCUUUUUUUAAGGGGAAUUCCCUUAUUCCAAAUAGGAUUCCUUGCAAGAAAAGGGAAAAGUUAACAGCUAUGCUAUAUACUCACUUCUGAUAGUGUGGUAGAAGUGCAUAACUAAAUAUAUCCUAGAGGUUUUUGAAAAUUAAGAACAGAGGUGGCAGAACAGUACUGGCUACGAGAAUGCCGUUGGGCAAACUACGUUGAUGAACCCCAAAAGCAGCCGUUUUGGCAGAGGAUAACCCACAUAGGAUUCACUCCUGAUUUAGCAGCAGUCAAAGGAGUGGAAGGUGAGGCAGUGCUGCUUAAGCAUAAGCCAUCAAAGUUGGCAGGCCUUUGUGCUUAAGGAAUAAUUGAAAUGGAAGUGCUUGAUGGGACCUGGGAAAAGCUUUGUCAGGUGGUUGAUGGAUGGGGCUGCUGGGGAUGAUCUUACCCAGUGUUUGGAUUUGUUAUAUUUUUGAGGCUUAGAAUUAGUACCUUUGGGUUUAUACCGGGCAUGGAUUAAUUUUUGUUUGUUUAUUUAGUGCUUUGUAUUUUUAAAUUUUAACAAGCGAGUGAUGCAGUGGAAAAAGGAAGUGUGGUUGCUAGCAUAUUUACCUGCGUCCACAGCUGCUGCUCAUUAAACUGAUCAACAUCUUUCUGUUUGUUAAUAUCCAGUCGGCGUGCGCAAAGCUAUUACUGUAUGCAGAACUUGUACAUUCUUUAUAAAUGAUGCACAUUUGUAGUGUCUGUGCAUGAACAGUUAGUUUGCUUUUCAGGUCUUUGAUCCAUGUUGACUGUUCCUGUGUUUCCAAAACCCUAUUGGCUACCAUCCUCUAAAUCUUGAGCUGCUAAACUCUUUUUUUAAAAAAAAAUGUCAGUCCUCCUCCUGAUGUUGCUCUGCAUGUUUCUCAGUUAGCCUGUGGGAAUGGAAACUUACCAUUUUGCCCUAUGAUGUACUUUGCUUACCUAGCUAAGUUCAGCUCAGGUUGCCUUAUUCCCCUCCCCAUGCCUUCUUUCACAAGAGAUAUUUCACCAUUCCUCUUCUCCUCUUCCGAUCAACCCCUCACCAGGCUACAUUUCUUUUUCAGCUACCAUAUAUUUGAUGAUGUUUUAAAAAUGUUUUAGGGGUUGCCAACACUCUCCACUGUUUCCCAUGAAGCCUGUGUGUAAAUAUCCCCUUAAAAACCCUAAAUACCCUCCUGCUUCCUCUUCCUGCUCAGUACUUAGUUUGUACUAGCUUGUCCUCUCCUAACAUUAGAACCAUAGCAUUUUAGAGUUGGAAGGGACCCAAGGGUCAUUUAGUCCAACCCCCUGCAAUGCAGGAAUCUCAGCUAAAGCAUCCAUGACAUAUAGCCAUCCAACAUUGAACUUGCCCUCUUAAGCAUGCCCACUUGCCAUUGGAUGCCAGGAUUAGACACACGUCCCCUUUCAUUCUGAAUAGAGGGUAGUUACAAGAGUGAUGGUGGCUGAUGUAGAUGUUUUUUUUUUCUCCAUAGAUGGGGAGGUAUGCAUACACAAUUUUAUGUUACAGCGCCUUUUUAUGUUGUUUCGGAUGUGGCAGCCAUUUUGCGUUAUGCCACGUCCUCCGUAACCCACGUGGUCAGCUUUCUGGAAAGCACUGUAUGGGUAAACUUGUGAGUGAGGUCAAGGAGCAACCCUGGAUAAAGGGGAGAUUUCCUUUGAGAAAAUACAGUAGUAUCUUGGGUUAAGAACUUAAUUCGUUCUGGAGGUCUGUUCUUAACCUGAAACUGUUCUUAACCUGAAGCACCACUUUAGCUAAUGAGGCCUCCCGCUGCCGCUGCACCACCAGAGCACAAUUUCUGUUCUCAUCCUGAAGCAAAGUUCUUAACCCGAGGUAAUAUUUCUGGGUUAGCGGAGUCUGUAACCUGAAGCAUAUGUAACCCGAGGUACCACUGUAACCUGGUCCAGGGAGGAGGUCCAGCCUGAGUUGUCCGGCUUAAUCCAGGGACGUGGAACCUGUGGCUUUUCAGAUGUUGUUGGCAAUGCAGGCUGAUGGAGAUGGAGUCCUGAAGCCACUGAAGGGCCACAGAUUCCCCAACAUUGGCUUAAGCUUUCAGCGAGGCUAGGAGGAAGAUGUGAAGUGACUUCCAGUGAAGUGACUGGGCUUUCAUUCAAGGACCUUUCCUACGUGUACAUCCAUCUGCUUGUUUAUUAAGAUCAAUAUUCAAGACUGGAAUCCAUGUGCCCUUGCCUUCUAAAGUGGUUGGUGUUAUCAGAGAGAGGAGCUUUUUGGUUGUUUUGCCCAAUAUCUUGGCACCAGAUUUGCUGUUUUAGGAACCAAGUUUAAAUAUGUAUUUUUUAAAUGGUUUCAAGAUUGGCUUCCUGCUCCACUUGAAGCGAUAGCUCCUAUUAAUAAUAAUGGUUUUCAUUUCAUUCAGUGUGAGGUUUUGCCUUUUUUUUAAGGUGGACUUGUCUCAGCCAAAGAUAACAGUAUGAGUAGAAGAAAAGUUGUUUUCUGGAUCCAUGGCUUCAAUCCUCAGUGGUGAAGAGCUGUUUUGUGUAUAAAUGUUAUCAUUUGAAAUAAUACGCUUCGGUUCAUUGAAAUAUGUCAAAGGAGGCACAUACUUCCUCUAAGCUAUACACCCACUUUGGCAAAACCAGAAGCAGAAUUGAAACUGAGGUUUUUGGCUCACGUGGGUGACCCAAGUAAGCCAAAAUAAAACUCUUAAGCAGGAAGAGACCCAACCACAACAAAACUAAUGAGGUCUGAUCUCCCCUCUCCCUGUCUCAGCUUCCUUGCUUGAUAGAAUCCUAUGUACCUAAACUGCUUAAGUAUCAAAUCCAUAGCCUCUAGUUCUGCCUGUAGUACACUUUCAUAUUGCUGUAGACUGGAUCCAACACAACAGUCAGCCAUAUGGUGUCUCCCAACCCCCUUGAACAUUCAGAUAUUCACUGUUUUUGAAGUCUUUGUUAAGACAUGAAUGCCUUAAAUAGCAGAUAAUGGGCAUCCAGCUUCUAUUGUGUUUUGCUUAGGGCAAUAUGGCAGUACAGCAAAAUGUGGUCUUUUAUUUACCAGCAGGCAUACGAUUGGAUCUUGCAUGCCUUCUGAACCAUGUUAUAUUCUGUAUUUAGAUUUUUGUAUUUUUAAGCAGAUACAGUUCCAAAGUACUUGCCUUCCAAACCCCUCUUACAGGACAAAAAACCCUGCCAUUCUCUACUUGCCGUUUCUUUAUCCAUCUACUUUUGUUGCCAGCUAAUUGCACAUCCCAUGCUUUAUAUGCUGCCAUACUAGGAUUUGUAACUUAAAUAGAAGAAGGGAGAAGUUGCAGUUGAAGACUGCAGUAGCAGCCAUUGGGAAGAUCAGUCUUUGGCUAUGUGUGUGAUAGAAUGCCAUGUAUUGUGGUGGGGACAAGAGGAAGAGAACCUCUUAGGUUGCUGAAAAAAAUAUUUUUUUACAGGAUCAUUGCAAAUUCAAGCAAACACUUUUAUUCCAGGCAAAAAUAAUAGUUCCUAAGGUUUAGGUGCAUUCUAAUCCCUGAUAACUCCCAAGUUCCCAGGAUCUUCUUUUUUUGCUAGUUUGACGGUGUUCCCCUUUUUCUUUUUCCACUCCCACUUGAUGGUAUGUAUUUUUGAAAUCACAAAUACUGUGGUACCUCGGGUUAAGUACUUAAUUCGUUCCGGAGGUCUGUUCUUAACCUGAAACUGUUCUUAACCUGAAGCACCACUUUAGCUAAUGGGGCCUCCUGCUGCCGCUGUGCCGCCGGAGCACGAUUUCUGUUCUCAUCCUGAAGCAAAGUUCUUAACCUGAAGCACUAUUUCUGGGUUAGCGGAGUCUGUAACCUGAAGCGUAUGUAACCUGAGGUACCACUGUACAACAUUUCUCUAGUUUUUACAGGCUUGAUAGUGGAAGAAGGUGUUAGAUUCUGUAAUUGAAAUGGGCUGAGGAAUUUGGAGGUCUUGCCAUAAUCGUAUCCUCCCAAUCUUGAAUUGGAUUAUAAUUCUCUUAGCCAUGUGAUCAGCAUGACAUCUGGGUUCUGCUUCUAUCUGUGUGGGAAGGUUUUGAGCAUCUUCCAGACUCCCGUUAACUUCGGUCGUCUAUUAGCUCCAAUAGCCAAUCUGUCCUUAAUUAGUCCAGGUUCCAAGAAUUGCGCUUCUAACGUAAAGCAGACAAGAGAUGGUGAUGUGGAAUAUUCUGAACUCGCAGGAUAUCAGAAUUUCAGCAGAUGCUGAGGAAAUCAGCCAUCAGGCCAGUUCUGCUAUGAUGGAAGACCAAGGUUAGACUGAGCCCUGGUAUGUUUCCUUGAGCUUCAGUUAUUAUGAGGGGAAAUAGAAAAACAGAAGGGGAAUUACAGAACAUUGUGGAAGGAGGUAGGGAACGGGAGCCAAGGAGUAGAGCAAUCUAGCCUAGGAGAGAUCCCUUGAAGACAGAACACGGAGGACUUAGAGGAAAAACGUCUAUAGAUUUGGUCUCCAUUAGCUUGCACAGGGGGCAAGCAAACUCUGCACUGGUGGAAUCAGAGAGGGGUCCCAGGUUUCCCCAUUGCAGCCUUCUGUCUGUUGGCCCAUGCUGGCUUUGCACAGUAUUCACCCAUACUAGUUGACUAAUUUUAUCCAGUCCAUGCUGCUGCUUGGAUUGAUUUCACCGCACCACUGAGGAUGUUUUUGUGGAUUAAGAGGAAGCACAAACGGUUGCUGCCCAGGGCAUAUGGAGAAGGAAGUGGGGUCUCGUGGUCAAUAACACAACCACUGCACUCUCACUCUCGCUCUCGCUGUGCCACAUAGAUUUAGUGAUGGAAUUUGACCUUUCAUCCUCAGGUUCCUUAUUUUGUGUGCACACAGAACUAUAAACUGUGGAGGCUUGCAAACUGUUAGGAAUCCCAAAAGACAAACCUUGUUCUUAUUUUAAACCCUUUGCAUUGCCCUGCCUCCAGCCAGUGUGUUUCUUCUUCCAUGAUUUUACAGUAAAUGCCUGCUGCAGCUGUUGUGGUUGCCUUGCCCUGGUAUCAAAGAGAGCUGCGAGCAAGUCAGCAUAGGAGGGGAACGGCUUGCCUAUUGGCUAACUGUGCAGAUCUGAGCUGAGAACUGACUUCCGUCUUUUCCAUAUAUUUGCUAUCUGUAUUUCCUUUUCAUUCAGAACAUCCCAGGUUCAAUCCCCAGUAUCUCCAGGUAGUGCUGCAAAUAUUCCCUGUCUGAAACUCUGGAAAGCCACUGCCAGCCAGUGUAGACAAUACUGAACUAGAUGGACCGAUGGCAUGACUUUCCCUAGAAACUUAAUUUUAUGACUUAAAAACUUUUGAACCUUCUAUUCAGUUUCCUUUAUGUCUUUUUUUUUUGUACAUUAUGUCUUUAUUCUGUUCUUUUCCAUUUUCACUCUGGAAUAAGGUGAGUUAGAUGCAUUAUCUUUCAAGUCCAAUGUGCCAUCAUAUGGCAUGUUAAGAUUGCAUUCCCCAAAUCAAAAGUAGUUCCCUUCACUUUCCCAAUACUACCUUGGAGGGGGUAAAUGACUCAAGGAUUGUGGCUAGCAUUUGUACUUGACUUCCAAGUACCAUAUUUUGCGCCCCAUAGGACGCACUGGCCCAUAGGACGCACCUAGUUUUUUUGGGGGGAAAUAAAGAAAAAAAAAAUUAUUUCCCCCCCCAGGUGCGGGGCUGGAAGAACCAGGUCGGGGAACAGCGGGAAGGCGCGCUCCGCCUCCCUGCUGUCCCCCGAGCUUGUGGGGCUGGCGAUGGGGAGAAGUGCGCUGAGCCCGGGACUGCAGGCACCUCUGUGCGGCCAUCGGGAGCCGGGCGGGGCUUUGCGCCCGGCUCCCGAUGGCCGUGCAGAGCUGUGCUGAGCCCGGGACUGCAGGCAGCUCUGCGCGGCCAUCGGAGCCGGUCUCCCGAGGGUUGCGCAGAGCUUCCUGAAGCCUGGAGAGCGAGAGGGGUCGGUGCACCGACCCCUCUCGCUCUCCAGGCUUCAGCAAAAGCCUGCAUUCGCCCCAUAGGACGCACACACAUUUCCCCUUCAUUUUUGGAGGGGAAAAAGUGCGUCCUAUAGGGCGAAAAAUACGGUAGUUCUUAAUAGAUUUGGUGUGAACAGCAGUUUUGGUGCGAACAGCAAAAGUUGCUUCUGUUCACCCCCCUCCCAGCCAAAGUUGCAACAUAAAGAGGGGCAGAAACUGUGGUGGGAAAAUCCUGACCGCAAGCCACAUCCACCCUAAGCACCUUUUAGACUGAUUGUACAUCAAAGGGGAGCUUCUGAGGUCAGACUGUAGUUUUUAAAGGUUGAUUGAUUCACCCUUAAGAGCUUGGAAAAACUAAUUCUUAAGUAAAUAAUGCAACACUCUUGAACUGUGAUGUAAUUCAGAAACACUAUAUUGCCAUAUAUAAAUAAAGCAAAAACAGGAAAAUACCAUGUCUUAUCAGCCUUCUCCAAUCUGAUGCCUUCCAGAUGUUUUGAACUACAGCAUCCCAUCAGUUGUAGCCAGUGUGGUUGAUGGUCAGCUGUGAUGGGAAAUGUUCAGAACAUCUGGAGGGCACCAGGUGGGGAAGAGACUGUCUUUGGUUAUAAUCCUAGCCCCACUUACUUCUGAGUAGAUAUGGGUCAGAUAGUGCUGUUAGUUUUUCACCCUCUGGCUAAUCUCUUUUGAUGUCAUAGAGGAGCUUUGGGGGAAGAGAUGUCAUAUAUUUAGCAACUUCACUGUUACAGAAGAGCUGGGCAGCUUGUGACUUAGGAGACCUUGAAGCUGAUGCCUUUGAGCCACUGGUUAGAUUUAACCACUCCCUUCAUUACUGAGAUGCCAUGGGCGGUUUUGGAGCCUUUUGAUCAAAGACCCAGGCGGUACUUGCCGUUUAUGUGUUACGCACUUUUGAAAAGUUUAGGUAAGUCUAUGUAAAUGUUAGAAUAACAGAACACGACUUAAAUCUACUAUGUAGAAUCUUAUAUUUAACUCCACGAGAUUCUUUUACAUCUUUACAAAUACUAGAAAAUCUUAGGUGGCAUUUAACAUUAUAAGAUUUAUAAAACAAGGUUUUAAUUCAUCUUUGGAAGGAAUAUUGCAGUUCACUUUGUUUCUGGAAUUUCGGUUGCAUUCUGAGAAGAGAGGGCGCCAGCUUAUUGAAGUAAAUGGGGAAGGAUUUUCUUUCUGGGCAACUAGAUUCGGAACCCAGCCCACACGUUCACACUUUCAUUCUCAGUCAUUCUUUACCAGGUUCUGCAAACCACGCCUAAUUAAGUUAUUAUCUUGGGUGGUGUCAGCUGAUUAUAGUCCAGACCAUUUGGAGGGCACCAUGUGGGUAAAGGCUGCUCUGCACUCAGUGGUAGCUGCUUUCCAAGACUUCAGGCAGGUGUCUUCUUCGGUCCAAGGUGCAGAUGUGGGGAAUUGAAACUGAGACCUUCCUCACGCGCAGCAUGUACUUUGCCAUACUUCCCCUCUGUUAUAGCCAGUUUCUCCAGACCUGGCUACAAAUACUUCUAGAUCAGGAAUGCAUCUCACCAUGCAUGACUGCUAGGUUCUUAUCUUGUGUGCUUUGCUACUAUCUUAAUGCCUUUUAAAAUACAUGCAGCCUCCCCGGCUUUCCUUCCUCAGUCAGUAGAAUAUGAGACUCUUUAAUCUGAAGGUUGUGGGUUCAAGCCCCACAUUGGGCAAAAAGAUUCAUGCAUUGCAGAGGUUGGGACUAGAUGACCCUCAUGACCCCGUACAAGUCUAUAUGAUUCCUCAGUUUCUCCGGCUGCUUUUCCCCGACGUGUCUCUAGGCUUUCUCAAAAGUCCUGCUACUGCAGCCAGUUCUAAUCUUGAGUCAUCUGCUGGGGCUGAUACCUCCUGGCUGCUCUAGUACUUGGUGGUUGGUGUGUAGAAAAGAGUUGACGCAAUUUGUUCCAGAAAAUGAUUGAUCUGAACUAGGCAUGGGGAUGCCUUCCAUUAAAGCAACCCCACAAUGGUUUACUUAGCAACACUAACAAUCUGUUUCUGUUUAUCCGCAGCCACUGUUCUAUGUGCUCUUAGUGGUUAGCUGCACUGCUUUGUUCAGGAUGGGUGUAUACAUUUCUCCUUUUGAUUUCCGUCACAUCCACCCAUAAUGCCCCAUAUCCUAUGAUACAGAUUUGUGCCCUCAACUAUUUCAAAUUAUUUACCUUCCCUAUCAGAAUGCUUAAAUUCAUUAAAAUAGUUCCCAGGCAACACCUUUGUAAACCUUAUAAAGCAUGCACCUGAAUGUGAAGACUCAUUCAAAGUCCGGGUCCUUUGCCCAACAGUUUCCAUGCUGUUUCUGCCAUACUCCACUACUGUCGUUCUUGGUCCAUUUAACGUCGUCAUCUCUACAAGGUUUCAAGCAGAAAUCGUUCUCAGUCUAUGCUACUAUUCAUUUCCGCCAGCAAAGCAGGGAUUGGAUGCGAGAUCUUCUCACUUAAAACAUCUUCUGGAAUGUUUUACUGUGUUUCAUGUUUUUAUUUGUUGGAAGCUUCCCAGAGUGGCUCGGGCCAUCCAGUCAAGAUGGGUGGCAUAUAAAUAAAUGAAGUAUUCAAAGUGUAUGCUCUCCCACUAUGCUACCAUUUAGGGUACCAUUUGUGAGUAGUCUAUAGUAUUGACUGCAAUAGAAUUAUGAUAAUGAUAAUAAUAAUUUAUUUAUACCCCACCCAUCUGGCUGGGUUUCCCCAGCCACUCUGGGCGGCUCCCAGCACACGAAACAUCACAACAUUAAAAACUUCCCUAAACAGGGUUGCCAUCAGAUGUCUCCUAAAAGUCAGAUAGUUGUUUAUUUUCUUGGCAUCUGAUGGGAAGGUGUUCCACAGGGCGGGCGCCACUACUGAGAAGGCCCUCUGCCCGGUUACAAGCCUACCAUCAAUGGGGUGGGGGGAGGAGAUGGCCCUAUGGGAAGGGCUCAAUAGCUUUUAUCUGCUGGACCAGUUUCCAUUAUUGUAUUUUUAUUUUAGUAUUGUUGGUUGUUAAUAAUAAUAAUACUAAUAAUUGUUGGAGGCGAUGCACAGUCAAAAGGUACAUAUUUCCAUAUGUGGUGUUGUUGUGACAUCAUCAAACCCUUCUGGAAUGUUGUCUUCAAAGAAAUAAGCUUGAUAUACAACAAAACAAUUGAAAUGUUCCUUUCACUUGCACUGCUUGGGCUUAAGAUCACGUCUGCUCAUGAUUAUCCUAAAGGGGACCUCUUAGCCCUUCUGUUGACUGCUGCUUGUAUGGAGAUAGUCAGAUUUUGGAAUACCGGUGAUGGGCUGAACAUUGAUUCUUGUUAUAGCAGAGUAUGGUCAGUAGCAUUGGCUGAGAAACUAACAUGCCAGGUGAGAGUGGAAAAGGGCAAACACAAUCCAUAUUCCUUUUAUAACAUACAGCAAAUGAUUAUUAAAUACAUAAAUGUGGCAGCAUUCCACCCAGUACUCAUGGGAAAAUUUGGUGUGAUAUUUUAGAGUAAUCAAAUGAAACUUUAACACCUGGCAUGGUAAAAGUCUGUAAGUUUAUCAGAACAAGUUACUUGUUGUUUACUGUUGUAACAAUUGUUUUCUCGAAAUGUAUCUUCUGUACCGUGAAAAUAUAUAAAAACAUUAUUAUUAUUAUUAUUAUUAUUAUUAUUUUAUUUAAAAUGAUAUUUAUUGCGAAUUUUAAGAUUACAAAGAAAAAAAGAAGGAAAAAACAAGUAACAAUUAAACAAUACAAAUCAAUAAAAAUCAAGGUCAAAAAGAAAAAACAAAACACAAUACAUCAAAAUCAAAAAGCAAAAAUAAACAAAAAAUUUAAAAACAGAUCCAAUAUUCCCAAAUCCUUAACUGUCAUUACCUUAUUUCAUCAACUUCCUCACACCUCCCUUUUUUGUAUUCUAGUUGUUAAUUAUCUCAGCAAAUCCUUUCCAUCUUUCAUAGUAUUCUGUCAUUAAAUUACCUUAAUCUAUUUUAACCUUAUCUUACCAUAGAAAACCCUAAAACUUAAAACUUGAAUCUUAUUUAUACCAAAUUAUCUUAACCAUAACAUAUUCUUACAUGAUUCUUUUUAACAUUUCUGCUAAAGCCAAAUAAUUUCGUUCCAACAUUUUCCUAAUACUCACUAAUUUUACAAAGCUUUUCAAAAUAUUUUUUAAAAAACUUUCUUCCAAUCUUCAUCCAUCGUCUCUUCUUCCUGGUCUCGGGUUUUGUCAGUCCUUUCUAUCCCAUCCAUCUAGUCCAUCAACCGGGUAACCUUAUGUCCGAGGCUCUUAAGUCUCUUCCAUGUCCCUUCCGCAGGUCUUCUUCAUAUUUAUACCUGUACUUUACUUUGUCUUCUGCUCCUUUCACUCGGGGAGACUCCAGCUUGACAAUAUUUUUGUCCCUUCUCGACAAAUCAGCCCCUUUUCCAUAGUCAACACUGAACUCCAUGUGGUAUUUAAAAACAUGUUUCAAGGUCCCUCCAAAGUUAAGGGCCCCCACAACUCCGAGCUCCCCCCGGCCCAAAGCCAGACUUGAAAGGUCAAAACAUCCCUGCAUAGGGGGGGUCUAUCCAGCCCCCCAUCUCCAAGCCAAACAAGACUCUAUCUCUCCAAAUCUGGAUUUUUCCAGGUUCAUUUGUCAAGUCCAACAACUCAUGUUCCUGCUGGGCCACAGUUCCCUCCAUCUCUGCCUCCCGAGGUCCAGCAACAACCUCCUCCCUCAUCUGAUCUGUCAGAGCACACUCCUGAAUUAAUUCCUGAGUGGGUUCUAAAUAGGUACCCACUGCCUGUCCAAAAUUUCCGAUCACAACAGUCAUCAAGUCCAUCUUCUCAUGUAACUGUUCCAAUAAAGCAUUUGUCUUGCAAAAAGCAAGCACCAGAGCCUCCGAGUACAUUCUUGUUCAAGGUCAAAGUCUGGUCCCACGAUCUUAAUCUAUUGCAGCUGCAAAGCUCCCCAGUUCGGUUUUAAUAACAGUUUCACAAGCUCCCUCUAGGGGAAAGAGUUUCUAUUUGUGUCCAUCUCUUUUUUUAAAAAAAAGCAGAUCUAACAACAAAGUUUCCUUUUUCAGAUAUUUUGUCAAUAUUUUGUUCCUUUUAAAUGCAAAAGGGAACAAUGGAAUCAAUAUGUUUCUCUUCUUUUAACUAUCUGUCAAAAACGUUUGUCUAUAGUCAAUGAACUUCCCGGGAACGUCUGUCCUGACACCUCGCUCCCAGGUUCAAGACGGUGGAAAAUUGCUUUUCUUUACUCUCUCUUCUGCAGGUUUAAACAGUCUAGAAAAAGUUCCCCCCUCUUCUCCUGCUUCCAAGGGGGGUUCAGUAAUUUUAUAUGAUGAAAAUUUGAUCCUUUACAGACGACUUUCUAAACUCUAGCUUGCCGUGUCUUUGCUUCAAUCUAUCUACAAAAGCGGAAGGCGGACUUCCUGUUUAGACCUUCCCACUUCAGUGCCGAAUUAAAAGAAAUUUCUUAAUCCAAUUUUCCGUUCUACUCACGGGCAGUUAUUUAAAAUCCAAUUGUCCGCAGGAAAAAGUCAGCGCUCUCCGGCAACAGCAAUGCGGCUUCACUCCGUGAAAGAAGCCGUCGAUUCAAAGCACCGCGCCACUCACCCCACGUCGCUCCGGAUCCCCGAAACCGGGCUUCCCCGCGAGUGGGGGGGGGCGCAAAGGUGCCAGCCGAAUCCCACGUCCACAGGCUUCUCCCGCCUGUGGUUUUUGAUGGGUCUCCGCCUUGCCGUGGCGGUUCAGACCCUGUUUUCCACGGAGCGGAUUCCUCCCGAUCGGAGGAAAUCCGCCAUUGCCAGAGGCGCCAACCCGGAAGUCUCCAUUAUUAUUAUUAUUAUUAUUAUUAUUAUUAUUCCCUGCCCAUCUGGCUGGGUUUCCCCAACCACUCUGGGCGGCUUACAGCAUAUCAUCAUCAUCAUUAUUAGAUUGUGAUAUUUUGAUUGCUGUAAGCCGUGCUUUAGUAAUGUGAAUGCAUUUGAAGGGUAGGUUAUAAAUAUUUGAACUGAAUAAUAAGUAAAGUAUUUUUGACAAGAAGAUGAGAGGAUGAGAUAUUAGCUUGAUAGGUUCAGGAAACCGACACAGGGAUCUAAUAGUAAAAAAUGUGAGUGCUGUUGUUUUACUAUUGCAAAAUAGGAACUUGGCCAUUAAUUUUGAACUGCUUCUGGAAGAAAGAGGCAUGUGUUGCCCCAGAGUAAAAUAACAUCCCUUUGGAUCAAGACAGGCAGUUAAAAGUGCUGUUCCUGUUUUGCUUAGGGUUGUAGUAUUAUUGCCAUAAUAACAACAACUAUACAGAGAUUCAUAGUUUAUGUGCAUCUGGGAGUUUAGAACACCUGGUGUAUACAAAUAAAUUGCAAUGAGUUAGGGACAAUCCCAGGGACUGAUGAGCUGUACUGACUGGUAAGGGAUGAAUGGUAACAGUUGGGCUGUGAGAAGAAGUCUUCAACUCCUGGAAGCUAUAUCAGAUCAAAGAAUAAAAGUGUACAAUUGAAAGUACAUCAACAUAAUGUAUUGUCAAUAUGACUUGACAUCAGGUGUACAGUCCAGAAUAAUUGAGUAGUAUUUCGCUGAGUUUGCAUGUGUACAAAUUUUCUGCUUUAUAACACCUGCUGGAAGCUGUACAAGCUCAUUUUGGAUAUGUUUUCCAAGGAAGUGAACCAUAGUUUCUUGAUCUUUAACUCUGUUUAAAUGUUCAUAAGAAUUAUAGAGUUGGAAGGGACUUGAGGGUCAUCUAGUCAUCUAGUUUUCUGCUGAUUAAUAUCAGUUGUUUUUCCCUUUAAAUAAGCGCAAUUCUCUCCAAUGUCCUUUCAGUCUUUUGAACCUGCAACAAAACAAAAACAAAUCUUUUGAGGUUGGAUAUGUCAGCCAUUGAUGGCGCACCUCUUCACCAUUUACUAGCUUCCUCUUGUAGUGUAGAGGUGAAAAUCUUCUGGGUUAUUUUAGUCUUUGGUGAAAUUGUAUGAUACAGGCAGCUGUGGUCCAUCUUGCAUUAUUAGCUAUCACACAUUAUCACUGUCCUAGGCCAGUUAGCAGAGUCUUCUCUCUCCUGUCUUUGGCUUUAUUGGUGGCUCAGCAGGAAGAGGUCUUAGAGGUCUUGGGUCUGUGUUUGCUGGACUGUGAGCUGCCUUAGACACACCUGCCCUCUAUCUAGGAUGAAUUGGUGACAACUAGUGGAAUGUGUCUUGACUAUUUUUCAUUCUUAACCCUUUUUUUUUUUUAACAACAUUGUGAUGAGUGAGUGGCAGACCUGGUUUGGAGUGGUAUGUAAGUGGCAUGAGGCUUUCCCCCUCCUUAUUCAAUGAACUCGGGUGGAGUCAUCUCCAGCAUAUUAGAAUGCCUCUGACUCAGGGCAGAUGAUUCCUGCCAGUGGUGAUACCCAGUGCUAUUUUUCUAGAAAAAGAAGUGCCAGAACUCACCAUGAAUGCCUCCCUUGUUCUCUUAUAAUGACAAUGCUACCCACCUGAGAGGUGCUGGAACCAAGUUCUGGUGAGAUUCAGGCUGCAAAAUAGCCCUGGUGAUACCAUUAUGUUGUUUGUGGCCUCUCUGCUUUAUUUCCCUUUGCUGGAAAUGGUGGACUCCCUCCUGUCAGCAUGUCAGAUUGGCUCCAGCUUAAGGCAGUUGCCAAAGGGCUAAAUCAGGGGUCACCAACCUACUGUCCGGGGGCUGAAUAAGGCCCGAGGGACUUGUUUAUCUGGCCCACAGCGACCCACUUCCAGGUUGGAGAAGCACCAGAAAUAGCUUGUGCGCAUGCGCAUGGGCCUCCUCCGACCCGGAAGUGCGCCAGAAAUAGCGUGGGCGCGCGCUAUUCCGCCCUCCGGCCCGCCAUGCAAUUGUCACUGGAGACACCAGCCCGAGGCAAGGAAAGCUUGGAGACCCCUGGACUAAAUCCUCCUUUCUUUCCCUGAUUUUCAAUCAAUUUUCCCCCAAGGUGGCUUACAACAAAUACAAACAAUGUAAAGCAAUAAGAAUAAGAAUAAGAACACCCCACCUUUUCCCCUGGUGAUACUCAAGGCGGCUCACAGAUUAGAAAAACAAUAGCUAAAAACAUUGGGGGAAAAGCAAUAAUUAAAAACCAAUUGAACAUUAAUGGAAUUAAAACUAUAUGCAUAUAUAAAAUGUACUUAAAACUACCAAACACCCUUGUUCCUCUGGUUUGAGUCUGAUAUCAGUGUCCUUUUAGUCUGGCUUCUGCAGUCUUGGGACAGUUGGAAUUAGAGUAUGCUUUCUGACAGAGAUGAGAGAAGGGAUGCUUUCUAUAGCUUUCCCUUCUCUUGCUGGUGGAUGGGGCAAGACUGGAUAAGGUGCCUUAUGUGUUGGCAUAAGAGUAACAGAGAGGUUCUAUCAAUGAAUGGAACUAAAAAGAGAAAGAAAGGGCUCUCUGUGACAGGGAAAUAAAAACUUUCAGAGUUUAUUGCACUCUGUCGACGGAUGUUUAGUAACUGUUUAGUAUUGGCUAGUGUUCUUUGUUUGCCCAAUGACUUUUGAUCCUGUAUUUGUCUACCCUGUGUCCCUGCUGCCGUUUAAAUAGACAAAAUUAUUAUGUUGACGGCAGCUGGCUGGGGGAGCUAGCAAGAUGGUGUCUGUAAGUAACCAUGAACUGCGGUUUAAUACAAUGUAGAUACCGUAGAUUCUGGCAUAUAAGACGACUUUUUAACCCCAAAAAGGAGGUUAAAAAGUUGGGGGUCGUCUUAUACACAGGGCAUGGGUGGUGCGGUAUGGAGCCCGCCCACUGCUGCUUCGGAAGCAGUUGGCGGCGGGCUGCGCUCCGCCCCGGGUGGCUUUCUCCUGGCACGGAGCUGCCCAGCGUAUUAGGCGACUGGGCUUGUAAGACGAACCCCCAAAUUGCAGCUGCCAAUUUGGGGGGGUCAUCUAAUACACCCAGUCGCCUAAUACGCUGGAAUCUUCGGUACUCAUCUCCCACCCUCCUCAUGUGCAGCUGGUAGGAGGACCUCUGCUCAGUUAGUUUCACCUUUAAAUAAUCUUGCUUUGCCUUGGUAUAAACCAUGGGUCCCGACUUAAAUAAAAUUCUAGUCAGUUUCAGGACUAGUUUUCUUGCACUUGCAAAGUUCAUAAGUUAGUUGCAUUUCAGGUUUCUCUUUAUUAUGGUAUUGAUUUAUUACAGCUAUUGUUUUUAUAAAUGCUUACUAAGCAUGUGUACACAAGAACCACCUUGUUAAACAUACAUAUGAAAUACUUAAUGAACUAUAUUCAUUUAAAUAAAUAUGCACACAAUGCUGCUUCUUAGCAAGUGGAUUAGAUGUUUACCUUCCAGCAAUAACGUUUGCAGGCCAUUUAUCAGUUUGAUUGCUUGCCCUGAAUCUGAACCGAAUGUCAAAGUUUAUUUACUUACUUUUGUCUGGUGGAACUGACGGUGGGGUUUAGUAGGGCUCCUGGGUGACUUUCUGCCUAGGCACCAACCAAAGCCAGUCCCUGCUCAACUUCAGCCCAUGCCCGGGGAUUAGAAUAAAUUGCAUGACUGUGUCUUGGCAGUUUAUCUGCCAACUCUGCAAUUUGUAUGUCUUAGCAAAAUAGCCCCCAUGGAAUUAGACCUUCCAUUAGCAUCUCAUUCCAUAGCCCUUUCCAAUUGUUCCGAGUACUGGGGCAGUAUCAUUGUGACAGACUCUGGGAUGUAUCCAGCUUAGUUCUUUUCAGAGUAGACCCAUUGGAAUUAAUGAACCUAAGUUAGUCAAGUCCAUUAACUUCAGUGGGUAGAGUAGAAUUAGUAAUGGAUGCAACCCUCUGUUUCUACUCUAUAUGCAUAUUCAUCAUAUGGAGGGAGAUCUCUAUGUGGACAACUGUGGGACUGUGUCUUGCUACGCCCUUUCUAAUGAAUGUGCAUAGGUUGGAAGCAGAAACCAUUAUCAUUGCACGCACCUAGAAUUAGGGAUGGGGGAGAAAUGCAGUUUUGUUUGCAUUUUAAUGAGAGACUACCUGAUGCACUCUUCUCGAACCAAUACGUACAUGAUCUGAAGCACAGCUGUCCUUUGAAAUUUGCAGUUCUCUGAACUUUGCAAUGCCUUUCCCCAGCCCAUGUUUGCAACAAUGCAUAUAUUGGAGGACACUGCGCAUAAAAUGUACACAAGAGUGAAGGUAAUGUUCUAAAGAGCAUCAGAGUAGGGGAAAUUGUUUUUUUUUGGGGGGGGAAUGUGACUAUUUGUCGAAGCUGCAUACAAAAACGUGUAUAUUGAGAGAAAAUUGCACUAAGAUGCAAUUUGCUGUGGAAAUGUGGGGAACUGGAUAUAUGAGAAACUGAAAUUGACAUAUUUGCCGAUCAUCCCUACUUAGAACAAUUGAAAAGGGCAGUGGAUCCUGUUGAUCUAGUGAGUUCUGAAACUGGGUGAGUUUCCUAUUACACUGUACACAUUCUUUGUCAAAAAGAUGUCAGAUGACAGGUAAAGCUUUCUAUUGUGUGCAGGUUUCUGAAUGUCAAGCAGCUUUUAGAAAUAUCUAGAGGUUUCGUAUAGUUUGCGGUGGAUGUUAAAAGCUUCUGCCAAACGAGCCCCACUCCAUCCCUCAUACCAGACUCUUCAAUCCUGUGGAGGUUAAAGUCAGCAAAAUAAGCCUUCUAAGUCGGCACUACAGUCGGCACCCUUGUUUUGGUUCUGACUGCACUAAUAAACCUGUCCUUCCAAGGGAAAGAUACUUGCCUCUGCUCUGCUAGUUGGCUGAAGUAAUACUCCUCAAUGAGAAAGAAUGACCUUCUGGAUUUUAUUGAUGUGUUUAUAGCCUGCAUCAAAACCGAAGGACUAUAAAAAGUCGAGAGAGAGAGAGAAGUAGUUGCUAAAGGGGUUAUUUGAACAUGCUGAAAGUCUCUUGAUUGCCCAUGAAUCUAUUGACAGCUAGCCUCUAUGGGAAAAUGAAUUCAAAGGCUGCUUUCUAGUUAAACAAGAAAAAGAAUUGUGAUCUGUUAUUUUUUAAAAGCAUUUUAUAAUUAAUAACAGUUUGAUUUAUAGCUGUACUUUUAAAGUGACAUAUUCAGAUUAUGCUUGUUGGUUAUUCACCCCACCUCCUCCACACAUUGAAGUGAUUUAUUUUUGUGUAUCUCACUUCAUUAUAUGAAUUUAUGAGCUUGUAUAAGUGCUAUUUUGGUGAAUGGCUAUGGAAUCCUUACUUACUUUGCAAAGCUAUAAACGUUGAUAUGCUUAUUAGGUACCAAGCUUGUUGUCUUUUCAGUGCCGGUCAAAAAACCUUUUCUUUUUUCCAGGCCUUUUAGAUUAUUGUUUUUAACUUGGAUUUGAACUGGUCAGAUAAUUAUUGCUUCUUUGUCAUAGGGCACCAAUUUUCAAAUGAAAAGCUCUGCUGAAACGGAGUCUUGUAUUGAAAGAAGCUCACAGGCAACUUAAUGUUCCCCUUAAGCACUUGGAAAUGAAGAACAAAAUUGUGGUUUUUAAUUUGCAAAGACAAAUGUCUUGUCCCUGUCUUCUUGGAACAUUUCUCUUGAGUCUCAAUGGUUGAUAGCUGCUGCACAGGAACCUCUGCUUUUUCCUGUCUCCAUGUUCAUGCAUUUCAGACGGCGUGUUUAUACAAAAUGGGAUAUGAGGGGACCCCAACAGCACUUUAGAUGUAUCGUAUAGAUGUGACUAACUACAUUAACAUUUCACCAAAACAGACAAUAUACCACACCGUUUAUGAAUGUAUUGUAUAUCCAGCCAUAAAUAAAGCACAAUUUCUCUCAACCCCAAGGGAACGCAGUAGUUCCAUACAUUAUCCCUCAUGACUAGGCCACUGGAAAUAUGUGGGUCCCUAAGGCUUUUCUGUAGGCCUAAAAGGAUGCUAAUUUUGUGAUGUUCAACUGGCAGUGAGUUCCAGAGUUUUGAGGAGUUUUGAUGGUGGCAGUGAAAUGAAGAGAGCUGAAGAAGGGUGCAUGGAGCUUUUUUCUGAGCUGCUAUUUCACCCCUCGCAAUCACACCCCUCCCAACCUGUUCUUCAUUCUCCCCCAGUUUUAAGUCCACUUUUUCCUGCAUUAAAAAAUCCUAGCAUAUAAUAAAUGGCCAGCAGAGAAAGGGUCAAGUGCCCAGUUCUUACUACUUCUCUAUUUCCCAUGCUUCACCCCCCAAAAAACUUUUAACAAGUCUUGUACUGAUGGCAGGGGAUAACACACAGGUAAGGAAGGAGACUAUCUUCGUGGUUUGGAAUGAGCUUUGUUCAAAUUUGGGCAGGCUCAUUUGGUUUUGGGGAGAGGAAGUAACCUGUCUUGUUAGCAAGCCAAGCCCAGCUAAGCUAAGCAUAAUGAGCCCACCAGUCACUAACCAAAGCCAGUGUUUUGCUUUAAUCAAAAAGACCCGUGGUCUCCUUUGGCAUGCAUUUGGGUGCAAUGUGUGGUUUAGGCUUAAGAUGUGCUGGGCAUCACUCGAGUCAUCACAGGUGUGUUUGAAAGUAAACACUGAAUGUGGGCAGGGAAACUUCCUUGUACAUUUUCUGAGCCUCAUGGCAAUGCAGUGUUGAAAACCCUUAGUGGGAGACUGGGCAUCCAAGAGGCAAGUUCCACUUUUGCUCAGUCAUGUUGGGUGCACCCACUAAGGAAGGAAAGCAGCAAACAUAAACCCAGAGGCCCUUUUGAGAGACUGACUUCUUCGCUCUGAUUGAGAUGACCGAGCUGGAGCAAUUUGAUUCUUUCCAAGUAUGUUGAGUGUCACCUUUUAUCCCUGCUUCUUUGUCUGCUUUAUGAGGGAUCCUGUCUGAGGUGUUCAGCGGCUACAAAGCGUACUGAGCUGUCUUCUCUGGUGUUGGAUGAGGGCUUGGUGAUGUUUCUGGGUAUUUGGGGUUGUGUCAAAACAGAAUGUUUUUGAAUAUGAACAGUAAUGAAUACGUGGAUGCCUCUCCUUUAAUUGCCCUUGCAUGCUUUACAUUUGGAAAACGAAACACUGGACUCUUUCUUUUGUAAUGUGUUUGCAUAUCAGUUGCCAGCCAAAUCCUUCCAAUGAGAAGCCUCCAGCAGAUGGGGGCAACAGGUCUCCAAUAUUUUUUGUCCCUGGCACCUCUGAAGCAAGAUGUUGGCAGGGAUGAACUCUUGGACUGAUGUAGGGGCAGCCAACAUGGUACCCUCCAGAUACUGUUGAACUCCCAUUCCCAUCAGCCUCAGCCAGUUUAACCAGUGGCCGGGGAUAAUGGAGGCUCUGUACCCCAACAGCAUCCAGAGGGCACACUAUGUGUGUAAAUACAUGCAUUCACAUAUUAACCUAAGAUGAGAUAUGUAAACUCUAUAACUUUAUAAAAUUGCCGAAAUAGUUGCAGAAGAAAGCAAGUUACAAACUGAAAUCAGAGCUGGAACAAACAGUGCUUUUAAAAAUAUAACUUAAAUGUAGCUUUCUUAAGUAUUUGAUUAGGGGUUGGGUGGUUGUUGUUUUUUUGAGAAGUUUUAUUCUGAGUUCAGUCUACAUGAAUUUAAAUGAUCUUGCAUUAACAUCUGUUUUGAUUUUCAAUGAACAUUUAUGAUUAUGCAUAUUUAGAAAACAAAACACAAUUCAGAAACGUUUUCACAUAUUCAAGAUUCAUUGAAAUCAAAGGAGCUCAAGAGCUUUCUUUUUUUUAUUAAAAAAAACCUAUGUAAACCUGUUAUUUUUAAUUCUGUGCCAGAGACAAGAAGAGUUUCCCCAACCUUAGAAUAAAUCAUCAUCAAACCUUUUAUUGGCAUCACAUACAAACAUCCAGAACAAAUCAAUACAGAAUUACCACUUCCCCAGUGGCAUAAAACAUUUGCUAAAAGAAAGGAGGCAGAGCAGUAGAACGAGUGCAGGCAGCUUUCCUCUUCAAGAUUUUUACUGUCCCACGCUGUGUACCCUAUGCAGCCUUGUGUCUAGAGGGAGGUCAACACAGGGUAGAGACUGCCGCCUGGGCAAGAUUUCUUCUAUGCUGGUUAAACAUCUGCCUUACAUCAGAUAAAGAUCCUCUCCUCAGUGAAGUUUUGUUAGAUCCCUUUCUUUCCCCAGGGCUACAACAGUUUAACAAGAAGGUACAGCAACUUGUGCUGUCUGUGGAACUUUUGCGAUUGAUGUCCCUACCAUCUGCCAAGGCUAUAAUAAAAACUAGGUUGUGGGGUAUUGACAGUAGCAGCAGAGAAAAAAUGUUCCCCUCUUUAUUUUCAACUUUCUUGGGCACAUGAAACUAACCAUAAUUACCUUGAAUUUCCUCCUUUGGGGAAGGUUCUCAGGCAGGGUGGAAGGAGAAAGAAUUUGCCCAUGUGAAGACCACCUGGUGGAAACCCUUACACAUAUGGCUCUCAAUUGUAAACCUUAGAAUAAAAGACAAAAAGAUGAAAACUCAGGAAACAAUUGCUGGGAUUAAGCUUGCAUUUUUUGCCUGGUUUGGGUAUGAUUUUAACCAGUUUAUUAAACUGUGUUUUUUAUCAUCUGAACCUAGCCCACCAGCUUAACUAUGGUUUGUUGUAGUCUUACAAACCCUGGUUUGCUUUAUUCAUGGUUUGGUAUUCUAAAUAAAAGCAGCACUCUUAUUUAACCAUGGUUUGUUUGCCCCCCACUCAUCCCACAAGACAAGAGAAGUUGAAACUAAACUUUGGAGAAAGAAUCAUCAGUUGUUUGAUUGUCUAUGGGGCAAACCAUGGCUUAUUAAACAAACCAUGGCUUAACAUUUUGUGUGAGACAGGCCUUGGUUGGAAAAACAGCCUUUUAGGGGGCAACAACUUGUAUAACAACGUAUACUCCCUUGAAUAUAGUACAUUUUAUAUAUUAAAGCCUUUCUCUUGUAAACAGUGCUAUUUGAAUAGUGAGCUGCUGCUGUCUGUCUCCUUGUUUGUUCAUUAAACUUCCCGUGUUGGGGGGGGGGGGGGAACGCAGUCACAACAUCUCACAGCUAUUUGAGCUACAUUCUGCAACGGGAGAUUCUUAACAUUCUUAUCAGGAGAGUCUAGGGAAGCUCUAGAUACGGUGUCUGAAUGCUGUGGUGGAGUGGAUGAGGGCCAAUAAACUGCUUAAAUCCUGAAAAUACAGGGACUUUUUCAGUGGGUGGUUCCCAUAUGCAGGAAAAUGGCAAGUUACCUGUUCUGGAUGGGGUUGCUCUCCCUCUGAAGGAACAGGUGUGUAGCUUUGGAGGUACUCCUGGAUAUAUAUUUGUCACUAGAGGCCCACAAAUAUCCUCUGUGGCUCAGAGUACCUUUUACCAGCUUCGUCUGGUUUGCCAGCUACGGCCAUUCCUGGGCAGGGAUAUCCUCACCACUAUAGUCCACAUGUUGGUAGCUUCAAGGCUGGAUAACUGUAAUGUGCUCCAUGUGGGGCUGUCCUUGGGUCUGGUUUGGAAGCUCCAAUGCUCCUAUAUGGAAUGCGACGGCCAUAUAGAACAUGUGAUGCCAUUGUUAACACAGCUGCGCUGGCUGCCCAUCUAUUACUGAGCCAGGUUCAAGAUCCUUGUAUUAAUUACAAAGCCCUUAACAAGUUAAGUCUAGGGUAGGUCAGGGAUUGCCUGAACCUUAGAUCUCAGCUCGAUCACUGAGAUCAUCCGCAGAAGCAUCGUUGGUUGUUCCCUGAGUUGGCGAGGCUCACUUGAUAACAACAAGAAAUGGGAGUCUUCAUUGUCAUUGGGCCAGUAUUGUGGAAUACAGUGGUACCUCAUGUUACGUACCGCCCCCCCUUACGAAAGCUUCGGGUUACGCGCUCCACUAACCCAGAAGUAGGUCCCCUUGUUGCGAACUUUGCCCCGGGAUGCGAGCGGGAUGCGGGCAGCAGCGGGAGGCGCCAUUAGCGAAAGUGCGCCUCAUGUUAUGAGCGGUUUCCGGUUACGAACGGACCUGCGGAACAGAUUAAGUUUGUAACCGGAGGUACUACAGUGGUGCCCCGCAAGACGAAUGCCUCGCAAGACGGAAAACCCGCUAGACGAAAGGGUUUUCCGUUUUGGAGGUGCUUCGCAAAACGAAUUUCCUAUGGGCUUGCUUCACAAGACAAAAAUGUCUUGCGAGUUCCUGCGGGGUUUUUUUCCUCCCCCCCCCUUUUUCCUAAGCCGCUUAUCAGCUGAUCCGCUAAGCCGCUUAACAGCUGAUCCGUUAAGCCACUAAGCCGCUUAUCAGCUGAUCCGCUAAGCCGCUAAGCCGCUAAACCGCUAAUGGACUUGCUUCGCAAGACGAAAAAACCGCAAGACAAAGAGACUCGCGGAACGGAUUCUUUUCGUCUUGCGAGGCACCACUGUACUGUACUCUGCCAGUGGAGACUCAGUGGGCACUUUCUGUUUCAAUUCUUAAAUGCCUGCUGGAAACCUUUCUAUUCCACCAGACCUAUGCAGGCAACUAAGACUUUAUCUUUCUGCAAUGGUUAGUUGAGGUCUGUUUUUAACUUUCGUGUGUAUGGUUUUAUGCAUUUUGUGAUAAACUGCUUUGAUAUUUUUAAUCAUGUAGCUGUGUGUGCAUAUCUUUAUUAAUAAAUAACUCAAAUAAGCAUGUGUUUGUUUUCCAGGUGGCUGAUAGCAGUUGCAAUGAGAGCAAAAGCCACAAGACGAUUCUUCAUCUGCUGAUAAAAAUGAUCAACAAGUCUCGUAAGUCCAAGUGUUGUGCCAUUCCCCUUUCUUAUGCUACACAUAUCUGGAAGCAAGUGUACUUGUGAUCUGGACAAGUAAGGGUGGGGUAUGUGAUAGUGUAGUAGAAAAUUAUGUUUUAAAAAAUGGUGGGUAUAAGAUUGGCUAAGGACUGUGGCUUGCUAGGAAACAAGAAAACAUGUUCCCUGGUCAGAUGUGAUACAAAGCCAAGAAAGGGUUCCUAGUUUGUUUAUCCCACCUGUUUCAGGGGAUGAGCAAAGUGGGAACUAUCAGUAAUCAUAUCAGUGUGUUGCUCUUUCCAGAUAAACCAUUCUAAAUCUUAGCUUAUCAUUAUAUGAGAAUGCGGCUGAUACAGUGACUUUUGUCUUCUGGGUUUCUGGGGUUUUUCCUGUUGUUAUUCUGUCUCUCACAGCUACAGUAAACCUACUAGUAAAAUUAUGGACUGGUCAUUUCUUCGUCAGAGGGCAAAUGGGCAAAUUUAGCAGGGGAUCAAAUACUUUCCCCUUUACUUUAGCAAAAGUGAUUGUGGGCAAUGGGCCUUGGAAGCUUCUUUCACAAAUGGAUGCCCAGAAAAUGAUUUCUCGGCAUUGGAUAAUGGUGUGGAUUCAACUGAAAAGCACCCUGUCUGAGGUCAUAUGGAAAGGCUUGUUGUAGGUUGAAAGAAGGAGGUGCCUUUAGAAAAUGAAGAUACAGGUUCCAAAGAGGGAAAGGAUGCAUUUGGAGGACAAUGCCAAAUGAGCGGUGGCAAGGGGGAAGGGUUCCCCAAUGUACUGUUAUCCAAGGACCCAUGAAAACCUAUAGCCUCCCUGAUGAGACUGCAAUCUCAGCAAAGCAAAUUAUUCCACACACCCCCGACACCUGUAACCUGGCCUCUGCCACCGCUCCCAUCCACACUAAACAUGGCUUGCCCCAAAGAAUUCUGGGAAUUGCAGUUUAAGGGGUGCUGGGAAUUGUAGCUCUGUUGAUGGUAAAUGACAGUUCCUGGGAUUCUUUGCGGGGAAAUCAUCUGCUUUAAAUGUAUGGUGUGGGUGGGAUCAGAAAGGUUUGUAAAUGCUUUUAGGUUGUUUAUUACAACUUUGUGCUCUUAGGCUUCUAUCUUCAAAACCCAUUGAUUUAGUCUGUAUAGGAUUGCUGUUUCACUAUGCUUUGCCCUUGUACUCUUAUUCAGGUCUUCACCUGAAAAACUGUUGAGGGAGAAGCAGGGUUGCACGCACUAACCCCGCUCCCAACAUCCCCGUUGGUUGCAACCUCAGACCUUUGUGGGUUGGGUCAAAGGUCUGAUUCUCUUGUUUGUUCAGCUGAAUGCACACUGAAUUCUCUCUGCAAGGACAUUGGGAAUGUGGGCUAGAACAGUACACCUGUACCCCUUUCAUACAUUAUUAUGCCCACAUGUUCUUCAAAUGCCCCAGAUACGACCCAAAAUAUGUCCUGCCUUCCUUUGUAGAAGAUGGUGACAUCUCCGUACUUGACCAUCUUAGCCUUAGGACAGGUGGCUGGGGCUGAUGGAAGCUGGAGUACAGCAACACCUGGAGAGCCAUAGGUUCCCCUACCCCUGAUGUACAGGUGUCUGCCUUCUUGUUACAUCCCAGGUCCUAAGUUUGCAGGUUGGCUUCGAAAGAGGCCCCAGAGCUGAGCCCUAGUGAAUCCAGGCUCAAGUUAAACCUCUCUCUCACUCUGCACUCUGGCAUUCCACCAUAUGUGUUUUAGGUGUUGUGUGGCUACACUUGACUGGCUCAGUGUUAACAGUAUUCUGUCUUUUUUUUUUGUUCAGGAUGGAAGAUACUUGGAGUAUUGGCUAUAUUUUUGGUGAUGGUGUGGUAUACAAAAUCCCGGGAGGAAAGGUACAUGCAGCUGUGAGAUGGUUUUUCUUUUUAUUUUAAAUGGGGGCACAUGGGAUGUUUUGGGUUGUUAUCCCUGCCGUCUUAUUAAGGUCAGAUAUAUUACCUGAAUCGGGCCCUAAUUGAUUAAUAGCCGUUGUUUAGAAACAUCGGCUAGUUCAAAAUGGACCCUCAGGGCUUUUAACUGGGAACAAUAGGUGAGAACAUCUCUCACUUAUUCAUAUGGGUGACAAGUCCAUUCCUAAGCGUUGUUCGACUGCUUUCCUUGCAAGUAGUGGUGAGGAGUCUGUAGACCUCCAGUUACUGCUAGACUUCCAACUCCUGUCAUCCCAGUAUAGCCAGUGGCCAGGGAUAAUGGGAGCUGGAAUCCAACAGCAAGGCUACAAGUUCCUUGUCCCCGAUUUAAAGCCUUGGAUGGCUUGGGAGAAGUGUGUGUCAAAGCAGUGCCUUAUCUUACAUCUACCAAAGAAACCAAGUGGGCUGCCAGAGGAGGGAACCGCCCCCCCCCUUACCCAGUGUAGAAAAACAGCAGGAACCCAGAGUAAAGAUUGAGGUCUCAGUCCAUCCUUUGCCAUUCCCUAGCAGGCUAGUAAAAACUUCCACAGGCUAUUUACUUUUGUGGGCGCCUUUAACCUAGCCGAGUUAAACUGUGACAUUUUCAUGGCCACUAGUUAUUUACAAGUUUCCUGCUUUUGAAUUGUUGCUCUUAUCUUCUUAAAGUCAAAGUCUCUCUCUCUCGCAAAGUGAGAUAAAGGUUCAGUAACUCUGUUUGGCAAUGCUGCUCUUUGAUUUAGGGACCCUUUCUCCUAAUCUCGAAUGCAUGUGGACGUCAUGUAGUAUGAAUCAGUGGCCAGAAAAGUGCACUCUGCACCUGCUCAUAGGCUCGCCCAUCUUUUCAUAGGUUCCAGGAAGGAGUCCUGACAUUGAAAACACCUCCCAUGGGUAACAAAUGAAGCCAGGAAACUGGGAAUGAAAAGUUUGCUUGAAGGGGGAAACCAUAUUAUAGAUAGUGGUGUUCUGGACAAAUGAACUGAGCAUGCUUUCAAAUCCAUAUCUCUGGAGGGAGGAAUAUUUGUCAAAAUGUUUCUUGGACUGUUUUUAUCCUGGCAACUCAACCAGAAGCCAUUGUGAGCUUUGGGCCAAACCAGGGCUGGGCAGUAUCUGGUUUUCAACAUUGCAAUAUAUCACCAGCUAAACAUCAUGAUAUACUGAUAUAUCAGAAUGUCUGAAAUAAGGAUGGAACUAUGUAGAGGCAUUGGCUGGCUUCACAGAUUUUCCUGCAUUGCAAUUUUUGCAUAGCGCGAGCAAACGCGCACACCCCAUGAUUCGCAAUAUAUUGCCAGGUCAAAAAUUAUGAACCGGAUAUCAUGAUAUGGACUUCAAACUGGCUUAGGAUGAUGCAUCGAUAUAUCGCCCAGACUGCACAUUAAAUUAGUUCCACUUUUUAAAAAGCUUGCUUAAACUUGCUCAUUUCAAGAGGAGUCCAGAUUGGGGCUAGUGCCUGUUUCUCACUCAACCCCCCCCCCUUCCUAUUUCCCACCAGUGGUUUUGAUACCACAUUUGGGGACAAAUAAGAGAAGUUGGUGGUGUUGAUGUUUGGUAGUAAAGCAACAUGGGGCUUCGAUCCAUGUAGAAAGCAUGUUCCCUGCAUGAUCAGGGCCCCCAGCAUGGUUGCUUUUCUUUCGAAAUAAAAGUGGCCAGCUUAAAAAUAUUUUCUUUUAAAGUGUAAGUAAUGUGGCAUGAGGUUUGGCAUUUUGAACCGAAUAAACAUGGAUUCCCGCUUUUCCUUGCCAUGUCUUGGGGAGCCACGUAAUAAGCUAUAGACUGUAAGCAAUUAACAAAGACCAACCACAAAAAGUGGUUGUGCAGGUGACUGAGAGCUCUUUUCACCCCUUUCCACCCUGUGGCAGCUGAAAGGUCAUCAUCCCUGACCAUUGGCAAUGCUGCCUGGGGCUGAGUUGGACCCAGAGACGGUGGAUCCCCUCUCUCUGGUUUGCAACAGUAAAGAAGAUUUAGCAAUAAAAGCAAAGGCUAUACAAAAACACACUUAUCAAUAAAACUUACGAGCCCUGCUCACUUCUGUCCUGCUUGCAGCCAUUUGAGGAAGGGUGCUUGCCUAUAUAAGCACCUCUUCUCUAAUGCUUAAGACACUUUUAUCUCCCAUUACCUUCCAAAUGCUUGGAGCAUCACUUUUCAUGCUCUGUUAGUGCACAGGCUGGUCCACCACUCUUGGAAGUGUAAUCCUGGGCUAGGAAGGUGCCUUUUACUUAGGCACACAUGUAAAGCACAUUACCUCCCCCGAGAAUCCUGGGAACUGUAGCUUACUCCUCCCAGACCUAGGUCCCUUAACAAACUACAGUUCCCAGGAUUUUUCAGGGCAAGUUGUGCUUUCAGUGUAUGGCGUGUAUGAAUAUUGAGGCCACCUAUCUCAGUAAUGUCUGCACAUUUAAGUUGACAGGCUGUGACUCUCCAGGGAUUUAGGCAGGGGUCUUUCCCAUCCCUCCCUAACUGGAAAUGCUAGGGAUUGAACCUGCAACUGUCUGUAUAAAGCGCAUGUUGACUACUGCUGAGCUGCAGCCCCUUUCCAAUAAUGUGGGUCUUAGGAGAAGCUGUCAUUUCUGCACAGCCUCGCUGAUCCAUGCUGAGGACUUGUGCCCCACACAUCAGCCAAAAUGCUGCUCAGUGUGGCUUACACACAGUCAGUUAAGAUGAAACAGUCCUUGCCCGGAGGCUUACAAUCUAAAAAAGCAUGAUACACAAGGAGAAAAGGACAGGAAGGGAAGAGGAAAAAAGCAAACUCAGGCAUUGGUUCUUAAAUAGUAGUCCUUAUCUGGCAUAGAAACAGUUCAUGGGCAAGACAUGCCUGAUGGACUCAACCUUUGGCAAAUCUGAUGGAAUGAGCCCUGCUUCUCGUCUGUCCCGUGGAGGCACCCUGAUGGAGUGGUGGUUUGUUUCACUUGUGGCUAGCAGGUGAUGUCCCAAACCAAACCUCUUUCUUGCAAGUCCCUAGAGCGUGGGUGGACUAUGGACCUUCAAAUUUCAGCAGGGGCCAAAAUUUGGUGCACCUCCUCCUCUUGUCUUCUGUUCUGCUCAGAUCACUAUGUCAUAGUUGCGAUGCCCUGCGGCAUCCCCUAGGCUCAGCGCCCAGGGAAGCGGAACCGGUCGCAGUGCCCUAAAUCUGCCCCUGCCCUAGAGGCUUGGAUUGCACAAGCAUCCACUCUUAAAUUGUACAUCACUGAGACAACUUGGGGGGGGGGUAAGGAAACAACAGCAACAACACUUAACUCCCCCAGCCCAUUUCCCUUUGUUGUUUGUCUUACAGUUUUUAUUUCCCAGUACAAAAGAUGACUUGUCCUCUGGGAGAGGUGGAGAAGAAAGCUGCACAGCUCAUUGCAAAGUAAGUAACGGGACUAGUUGUAUACUGUGUGAAUGGGGUCUCUCAGAUCUCAUCUACCUGUUUCUCCUAAGCUUGGGGGGGGAUAGGAGGAAUGGGGUGGGAUGAGAUAGAGUGAGUCUAACAGGAGAGGGAGGCUCUGAAUAUAUAAAACGCCAGAUUUGCAUGAUCAUCUCCUCUGCAUUCAUUGCAGUUACACACGGGAACAUCCACUAUUUUUACAGCUAAAGGAUUACUUCUGGGUAAAGACCCCUUCACCCUACGAGCUGCCAUAUGGUACUAAAGGAAGCGGUAAGCAAACCAGCUGUCUCGUCUCUUCUAGCAAGCAUCUUCUGUAUUUGUCUCUCUAUUCCAUGCUUUCCCUCUCAUUUUUCUUGUGGAAAGUUUGCUCUGAUUUAGUAGCCAUCUGUUGGACUAUUUUUCUAAGAUCAUAUAUAUCGUUCUUCACACAAAGGUAAGUCAGGUGUUUCCACUCUUUCUCCAAGGAGCUCUGAACAUCUUAAGUUUCCAGGUGGUCUCCCAUCGAGACAGCAUGUAGGGCCCAUGCCGCAUGGCUUCUUUCACCGCAAAAGUACACCCAAUAGAAUACCUUAUCUUUGCAGUGUGCUCAGUUACUGAAGGCGACUUUCACCAGAUCACCUAGUUUGGGUUCCUUAUCCACACAGCAUACUUUCUAGCCCAGGGUGGUGUCCUCCUAUUACAGCUCCCAUCAUCCAUAACUAUUGGCUAUGCAGCCUGGGGCUGAUGGGAGUUGUAGUCGAAGAACAUCUGGAAGUCACUACUAUCCCUGCUGUAGCCACAUGUUUGUUCAGCCAGUUGUGAUUGCUAAGGGCCAAUAUCAGCAAAGUUGUUGUUUCCUUAGCCUCUUAUUCACAGUAUAAACUAUAAGGAAGUGGCAACUGUGGAGACACACAAGAGCCACAGGCAGUAAAAUAGCAGAAUUCAUAGCUGUAGCCACUGAUUCCCUCCUUCCUUAUAGUUUAUGGAUGUUGUUGGGAACCUCACCAACAACAUCCGUAAACCAUCAGUUUGUUAUCAAGGAAAAAUAUAAAAUUAGCACAUAGUUAGAAAACAGUAAUAAGGAGUUCUCUUUGCGGCUGUCGUGGAGGAAGAGAGGGGAGCAUGUCAACCUGAGACUCACCACAUCUCAGUCUCGUCACACUAAAUUUUGAUUUAGCGUGGUGCUAAAACUGAGCCAGAGAUAAGGAAAGACAUCUGUGAUAGGUCCAGCAGAAUGUGUUCAUCAAUCAUACAAUUUUUAAUCUAUAGUUCAGCAGAUAAAUAGGUUGGCUCAUGAGAACUUCAUCAUAUCAGGUAAUUUUGGCAUUAUUUUGAAACAAUGGACUUCAUUCCAAGAGGCAAAAGUAUAAAUUGGCAGGUAUCCACUGGGCAGGUGUUCAUCCUCCUUUUAAUGGCUCUCUCAUAACUGUUGCUGUUGGUUGAAAGUUAACUAGUUAACUGACUUUAAUAAUACAAAGGACUGCAUUCUGCUUCUGUUGAGUGACUGGCUGUACCAUUGCAUUUGUUAACAAUUGGCCGUCAGAUUCUUUUUAAUUCCUCUCAUUUUCCCAAGGAGUUCAGCAAGGUGGAGGUUCCCAAAAUAAGCACAGUUCAAUGACUUUAUGUACAAAGCUGGAACUCUUCCUUCCCCCUCCUUUCCUUGUUCCAGACAGAACCACUAUUGUGUGCAAGGUGCAGUCAAAGGGUCUGUUGUUCCAAGAUGUGUUGGGUUCUGCUUAUGAACUGAUAACAUCUCGUCUGCAUCUAUCCGUAGAGGGAUCUGACUGUUGUCUUUCCUAAUCCACUAGUACAUGACAGGAAGAAAAGCACACCUUGCACACACAAUGCGAGUUGAGUUGUGUUGCCUCAUGUCAUGGCUGAACAGUUUUAAAAACUAUUGGUAAAGUAUAGUAGGCUGAGCCCUUUUAAAAAACUUUUAAAAUUUCUGCACAUCCACAGCAGACCUUCAGGAGGAGUUAGAGCACUUCAUUCCUUGUUGGUUUGAACUAGGCCUGUGGUGCAGCAACCCAAACAAGAGCAGGACUCAGUCUGUACUCUGGGGAUGUUGCUCCAAUAAGGGCAAGCUGAAAUUGAGCAUUUAUAUAGUAGCAGCAGCAGCAGGUGCAGCCUAAUUGUUAGCACCACCUGUGCUGCAAGAUGCUGCUCUGUUAAAGGGCCCAGCCUUCUUCUCUUAUGUCCAACCGCAAGGGAGCAGGGAGCCUCAAAUCUUUUGGGGUCUUCUGCAGCUGAGUCCUCCAAGUCAGAGGAUGGCAGCACUGCAUCCUCAGGCCAGACGGUAGCAUUAUUCCCGCAGGUCCAUCUAAGAGCACUUUGGGGCCAGCCCUGCAUAUCCUUCCCCUUCUGUUUCAGAGUCCCCUCCCUCAUCCCCUGAAGAUGAGAAAUCCAACUCCAGGGUUGUGACAUGAGUCUUGUCAAGACACUGGUCAACAAUGGACUUUGGAACUUUCAAGAUACGUCUAGAUUUAUGUAAUUUUAGUAGAGAGCCUGCUGUGGAAACACACUUGUUGCACUGUGCAUGCUGCUUUCUCUCCCACAUUGAGUUUAGCAGGCACCAUUUUAUUUACACCCCCCCCCCCCGAAUUUGUAUGGUGCCUUUCAGGGUUAGAGCUUUCCCAAGGCUAAUCUUCGUAUUUGUGGCUGUGCUGAGUGGCUCUUCCCCCUUCCUUGCCAGAGUAAUUUUUCUACAUCAAAAAAGUUACUCCUUUUUCAAAAUAGGGUGGGAGACUGUACCUACAGUACUUAGGAAUGUAAAAAGAAAAGAAAAAAGGAUGGUUUGCUUGAAGCAUGAUGGGUCGGCCACGGUGAUUUAACUUUUGAUUCAAUGUUCAUUCUGUCUAUCAAAUGCAGUUAAAAACUUUCCUAGUUUGGGUGUUGUCAAUAUUCUUUGCAAGAGGGAGGGCUGGGUCACCCCAAGACAUUUUGCUGCCUGAGGUGGAUAAGAUGAGGUGAGCAAAAUAUGUAAGCUGCUUCCCUGCAGUUAGGUGUCAAACUACCAAUUUUUUUUUUUUUUUUUUUAGAAACUCAUUUGGAAACAAAUAUUUAAAAAAACAAGGUUGUUUUAUUCAGAGUAGACUGACUAAAACUAAUAAAUAUAACCAAGUUAGGCCAAUUCAUUUCAGUGGGUCUGCCCUGAGUAAAACUCAGUUGAAUACCUUGCUGUAUCUUUCCAUCUGGUGACAGCUCUCUCCAGUGCUGAGUGGAAUACAGAAGAAGGCUUGUCCAGUCCUAAUGCCAGUUGGAUGCACUUGGAUGCUGUGAGAGCUCUGAUAAGUCCAUGCCCUUCUCCUGUGUCUGGAACACAGGAGAAUAGUGGGACCUUUAAAACCAGAGAGUCCUCUCUUCUGAGUUCCUCUGGAGUUAGCAUGGCGUCAGGCAAGAGGCAGGUUAUAUAGUAAUGCUGCCUGCACCAUUCUGCUCUCCACUCACCCUAAGAAUUGUAAGAAUUGCUUUGCUACGUCAGAACAAGAUUCCAUCUAGUCCAUCAUUCUGUUUCCAGCAGUUUCGUCCUUUGGGCUGAUCCAUCGGGGCAGCUCUUACGUUCUUAAUGUCUGAACCGAGGCAGCAUGGACUAAGCCGGUUAACUGCCUACAUUUGUUCCUUUGCAGAGGAAAUUCUCUUGCGAGUUCUGGCGAUCACAAGUUAUGCUCUGCCUGAAAGCUUACAAAGGUAAUGCCACUUCAUUCAGAAAACGGGUGGGUUCAGUUCUUUGGGCUCUUCUCUCCCAUUUAUGGAAUUGGUAGCUGCAGAGCAUGGAGUAUCUCUUUUCUCCACCAUAGUUACUCAGGGCAAGUUCAUACAUGUGUAUUACAGAAUGAAAAUUUUACAGGAAAUAUGUGUAUCCAUGUGUUUUGGAAAGUUGAUUGUUGGCUGUAUAUAUCAACACCUCUUAAGAUACCGUAUCCAGAUUUUGCAUGAUGGGUCCCGAGAUCAAGGAGCAGGUUUUUGUCUAUGUUGGCAUACAGUUGGACACUGCUUUGAAUCAAGAUGGCAGACAGAGCUUUACAAAACUGUUGGUGUUAACCACUGAUUUCAAAACUGUGCCGAUAUUUUAGUUUCUUAAGAGUUCCCAAGCAAUGCUGGGAACGAGAAUUUCUCUCUGUCUGUAAAGUCACAAAGAGGUCAAUUCAGCGGUAAAAGAAUUCAGAGAACCCAGAGUCCUGACCCUGCAAUCAGAGUCAAUGGUCAGGGGAGGAUACUCAGAAACUUGCCAUUUUUACGGAGAUUUGAUGGCAUGAGCAUGAGUGGAGCUUGUGGUUUGUGUGGGAGGUCCCUCUUUCAGUCCACAGCAUCUCCAGUUAAAAAAAAACAACAAAAAACUCUUAAGGUGACAGUGCUUUUGAGAGCACCACUGUUUGGAAGGUUUCAUUCCCCUUGGAAAAUUUUUUUCACACUUCAGCCUGUGCUGCAGGUAUAGUUUUUAAACUUAAAUCCUGCAAAACCUGAUUACCAGAGGUGAAACUGGGUGUGAGUCUGCACUGUACAGUCACAUCAACACCACUUUGCAUCUAAAGCAGGGGCCGUCAAAGUUUUUGUGGCUUGGGCCGGUUCACAGUCCCGCAGACACCGCGGUGGGCUGGAGUGUGUGUGUGCGCACGUGUGCGCAAACGCAUUUCCUGCACUCCUUCUAGCGCAGAGGAGGUGUGCGCAGCUUCCCAUUGACUGCAGCAGCUUCCUGUAGCCAAUGGGAAGCUGGCCAGUGUCACGGAAGGCGGUCCCCGCUCUGCUCUGCACCGAUUUAGCAUGGCACACAGCAGCUGACUGAGUGGGUGGCAGGGGUCCAUAGGCCAGUUAAACGACUCCCAUGGGCCGCUUGUGGCCCAUGGGCCUUAGGUUGCUGACCCCUGAUCUAAAGCAUAUUUACAGCAUAUAUAAAGCACAUAACUUCCCCCAAAGAAUCCCGGGAGCAGUAGUUGGUUAUGGGUGCUGGCAAUUGCAGCUGUGUGAGAGGUAAACUCAGGGUUCUUUGUGGGAAACCAUGUUUGUUAAGUGUGCCUUAUAUGUAUGGUAUAGAAUGCGACCUAAGAGUGGCAAUCCCUCUUUCAAAUCUUAACGUGGGGAACCUAGAAAGUUGCUUUAACCCAUGUCAGGCUAUUAGUCCAUCUAGCUCAUUUACAGGCAGUGUGACUCUCCAGUAUUUGAGAGUGCCAAUCUUGAUCAAGUCUCUGACGUGUGGUUCCAUCCCUUGCUUCGGGACAUGAAAUCGUGGCACUGAGUCACAGCCAGAAGUCUGACGUCUGCCUGGAAAUGAAGUCAGUGCUCUGGAAGUCAGUCUGGGUAUUUAAAGUGAAAAGUAAGAAAUCCACAGGAGAGUAAAGGAAAUGUUGGUUUUGGCAGAGGUGUGAGAAGCUGAGCUUCCAAUCAGCCAAAGCUAGGAUGAAAUAGCUAAUGUAGGUGUGUGCAAAUUUGUGGCUUAAUCUAUCAAGCUGCUGGCCUAGUGUAUUAGCAUGUGGGUAAACCAAGUAGGUCUGUGCCUUAAAUCCCCAUUCAAGAUAGAAAUUAAUUGUAUUGGCCUAGCACCUGGUUUCCCAUCUACAAAAUAGUAUUGAAGUUGCAUAUAAUAACUGGAUAAAAGCACCAUAUAAUUCUCUGCCAGCAACCAUUAGGGAAUGUUCACUAAAAAUUGUGCAUGGUGUAUAACACUGAUGUGCCUAUCGUCUAUAAAGCCCAGUAGAUUCCCAUUAUGUUGCAGAGGAUGCCAAAUUAUGGGUACUUACCACCAUUUGUGGUGGGAAUGUCCACACAUUAACCUCUGGUGUAAUAUAGUCUGGCAAACAGCCAUAAUGGAAACGUCACAGAAAUUGAAGGUGGCAAGGGGAGAGAAAAAAACAAGAUGAUUUAUACACUUGAUGGUGUACUUUUAUUAAAUAUACAAAUGAAGCAACACAGAGACAAGAAAUGCCUACAACAUAUAUUGCAAUAUGGUGUAGAUAAGUGGGUAAUAAUACUCUUACUAUUCUGUGUUUUUCCAAGUUAAUUUACUGAAGUUGGUUUACUGCAAUCAGCUCAUUACGAUGUACUGUAAAAUGAUGUGCUGUAUUUUACCCUCCUAGUGACCCAUUUUUUUUGUCAGUCGUAUCAUGGUUUAUUAUGCUUGUAUGAUGUAACAUAAAUUAAAAAAAUAACAACAGAACAUGCAAAAACAUGGCUGUGUUACCAAAAAGCCGGUAUUAAAGACCCUAUGGGAAUAUUUGAAGUGGGUAACUUAACAACACUUAAAACAGGCUUCUUCAAACUUGGCCCUCCAGAUGUUUUUGGCCUACAAAUCCCUAAUUAAAGGGAGAGUGCUGUUGCACCCAUGCCUUGCUUGCAGGCUUCCCAUGGGCACCUGGUUGGUUACUGUGAGAAUAAGGUGCUGGAUUAGAUGGGCUUUUGGCCCGACCUAGCAAGGCUUCUCUUAUGUUCUUAAAUUCAUAAGGGAUUAUUUAAAUCGAUGUUAAUGGAAAAAUGCAAACAAAUUUAAGCAAAUCAGUACUGUAAAAGACUGAGAUAUAAGAAUACUUUGUGUAAAAAUAUAGUUUCUUACAAAUGGUUAGUAUACUCUGCCAUUGUGCUCUGGUUCCCCCCCCCCCUUUAGUGUACAACUAGUCUACCCCUGCAAACCCCACCCUACUGGCACUUCAUAUAUUGUCAGGUGGAGUGCUUAAAAUGGCGUGUGUCCCUGCUUUCCAGUAAGUGGUCAUAGCAUUUAGGGAAGGGCCGUAGCUUGGAAGAACCUUUGUUUUGCAUGUAGACAGUUCUAUCCCCGGCAUUUCCAGGUAGAGCCCGAAGCCCUGAAUAGCUGCUGCCAGUCAGUGUAGACAAUACUGAGCUACGUGGACCAAGGCAGCUUCCUAUGUUCUUCUCUGAUUAGCCAGAGACGUUUCUUCCCUGUCUAGGAGUGUAUAAUGGAGUCUCCCUUUUCUCUUUCGCAGUUUGAAGUGCCGGAGAUGUGCAGUAGUAGGAAAUGGACACCGGCUCAGAAACAGCUCUAUGGGAGAAGCUAUUAACAAAUACGAUGUUGUGAUCAGGUACUUAGAUGCAUCGGGGUCUGUGAUCUUUCACGGCAGUGCAGCCAGUUUCUCUGAACAUAGCAUGGUCCUGUUUUGCCACGUGGAACUGAAUGGGGCUGUUUGCAACAGCGGCAUCCUCCCAGUGGAUCCUUCCUCUUUGCAAGUCCUACUUACCUCAACUACUCACAUCACCACCUUCCACUUUUCCACCUUACUACCCCCAUCAGCAGCAGCAAAUAAUGUGAAGGAGGAGAUGGGGAAAUGCACAGCAUGAUAACAUCAGAGCACUAAGCACACACACCCUACUGUAAUACAGAGCAAGAAGAAUAUGACUAAGUGAUGUUGUUUUUACUGGCAGCCCAGUGCUUUUCCGUAACAUAUACGUGUUCUUGGGAAGAGACUCAUAAAAGUCCUCCGGGUUUGGUUGUGUAUUAUGGUUUCCCUCUGAAUUGAUGGAUCAGCAGAUAAAGUAAAUGCUGAGUUGCACUCUAGCUGAGACGUGUUCUUGGACUCCAGCUCCCUUCAUCCUUGAGCUUUGGCCACUCUCACUGGAGCUGAUAGGUGUAGUUGAACAACAUUUGGAGGAUACUCCUCUUGGCUGUUUCUGCUCUAGCUUGUUCCAAGUCAAAGCAGCGGCUAAGCAUAAGAUAAGAGAGUAACUACAGCCACCCUGUAGUAUAUCAUGUGGACAUGUGGCAGAUAACCCUUCGGUCGAACUGUGCAUGGGUUUGUUCUCAUAAAACGACAAAAUGCCUGCCUAUGUUCUGCCAAGGGUGCAAACUCCUUUUCCUCCUCUCUGCCCCACUGCAGAUUGAACAAUGCACCAGUUUAUGGUUAUGAGAGCGACGUGGGCUCCAAGACCACUAUGCGGCUCUUCUACCCGGAGUCAGCACAUUUCAACCCCCAAAGAGAAAACAAUCCAGACACAUUGCUGGUGCUGGUGCCAUUCAAACCUAUGGAUUUCCAGUGGAUGGAAACAAUAUUGCAUGACAAGAAAAGGGUAAGUUAUUGGGAGAUGAAGACUAGUACAUCUUCUGGUCCCCUUCCUCUGAUCCAGAAGCCCUUUCUUUUACCCCCAGGGACACAGGAAGCUGCCUUAUAUUGAGCCAGGCCAUUGGUCCGUCUAGUUCUCAGCAUUUUCUGGACUAAGUGGCAGCAGCUCUUUAGGGUUUCAUGCAGGAGCUUUUCCCAACCCCAGCUGGGGACACCAGGGAUUGAACCUAGGACCUUCUACAAGUGAGGCAGAUGCUGUACCACUGAGUUUCAUUCCUCCCCCGAGUAUGUUCUUCAGAAGCAUGGCAACUGAUUUUGUUUGUCCAUGCAACCCUGCAGGCAGUGUAUUGGACUCAGCUCUGGAAGAUCUGCUUUUGCCAUGGUCUUCUAUGGUAGACAUGGACAAACGCUAAAUUCUCAGCUUAUAAAAAUGGGAAUAGCAACCUACCUUCCAGAGUGGUGGUGUGGGUGAACAUGAGAACCAAGGCAAUUGAAGUAGCUAUGGAAGGGCGUUCUGGUCUUGCUCAGAGAUACUGUGAUCUCCAGGCGGCCUAAAGAUACAGAGAGAGCAUCCCAUCUGAAGCACAGAGAUCAGAUCCUAGGGUAUAACACCAGAAAGCCACCAAUGGGAAAUGACUCUGCUUUCGCUGCCUCACUUUUUCCUCCUGCUUAAACCCAGCUCUCUUGCUUUGAUUCUGCUCUUGAGAGCAAAGAGCACCUGGCUAACCUAUCUCAAUCCUCUUUUCCAGGUUCGGAAGGGCUUUUGGAAACAGCCUCCCUUAAUUUGGGAUGCGAAUCCUGAGCAAGUGCGAAUCCUGAACCCGUAUUUUAUGGAAAUAACUGCUGCCAAAUUGCUUAAGCUUCCAAUGAAGCAGCUGAAAAAGUUAAAACAGGUAAGAGUGGUAAGCAUGAGAGAGAGAGAGAGAGGGAGAGAGAGAGAGAGAGAGAGAGAGAGAAGGGACAAGUUACAGGAGUUGAGGUUUACUCCUAAAACAAGCAAAGCGCUCUUUGUCUUGAAAUUCUCAAGAUGAGAUGGUGCUUGGUCGUCUCCAAGCUGUGAUCUCUCCUGUAAUGUGGCACUUGGAUAUUUUGGGACCCAAAUACACAUGAUGUGGGUGGUCUGUGAGUGGAUCUCCAGGCGGCUGUCUUUAAAGCUUAAAAUCAGUGGUGAGAGUAGAGUGUAAAUGGCCUCGGAACAGUGGUGCCAGCUGUGUGUCUCAGUGUUAACCCUCCCCCCGUGUUAUAUUUCCUUUAACAUAUUUUCCCCUGCCCCAAAUCUGUUAGACCAGUGGGACAAGGGCGGGGGGGGGGGAGUGCUACAAUAUGGAUUCCGGUAUCUCGUUCCCCUGCCCUUUAGCAGGAUUUUGAUUUUGAUUGGGGAAAACAGCACAGGAGGCAAAGUGUUAACUGUGGCCCUUUCCCAGCGCUGGUGUCCUGAGACAUUUCACUUCUCAACUUGUAUCUGCCACUUAUUUUAAGCGUUUAAACACACACACUCUGUGUGUGUGUGUCUAAACACACUGUCUGUGUCUGUCUGUCUGUCUGUCUGUGUGUGUGUCUGUCUGCCUGUCUCUCUAAUCACAGAUCAUCUGUAUCCCGUGCUCCUAGGACACACUCCUUCUCGCUGUGUGUGUCUAAACACACUUUGUGUGUCUGUGUGUGUGUGUGUGUGUGUGUGUGUGUGUGUGUGUGUCUGUCUCUCUAAUAACAGAUCAUCUGUAUCCCGUGCUCCUAGGAGCAUCCUUUAGCCUGGGAAGUAGCAGAUAUGAAUGUUGUCCAUGCAGGGCAGAAAGCUAAUUUUUGAAUCAGAAGUAUGUUCAAUUAACUGACAUUUCAGGUGCAGGUGUAUUUAUUUUUUUUAGUCACAGUUUAAAUGUCACUUGGUUGGGGAAAGCACCUCAGCUCAGCCUGCACUGCUUUUCCAAAUCAGGGUGAGGUGACUUGUAAGAUCUUUCAGCCUAGUUCUCACUGAGGUGGUAAAGUCUAUGCCUGUGCCUUAUCACCUCAGGCUGCAGGUGGGGGCUUGCAUGACGAAAUGCUUCUUUGUGCUAAAUUUAUUUAAAUAGAAGAUGAGUGUGUUAAAGGCUAGGAUAGAACCCUUCCCCCCAGAUGUGCUAGUUGUCCCUCAAAUGAGCUGUUUUUGUGUGGAGGAGCAUUUACUCAUGGGAGUCCCAGCCUGUAGUCUGAAGUGGUACAGCCCAGGAAGAUGUUUACCACUUCAAAGACACCUGGGCCUUAGUUCAUGUCAUCUCAGGACACACUGCUUUUUACGUUCAGUGUUGUUUGCUAUCCUGUUGGCAACUUCUAGAUGUACGUCUGUACGUCUGCCAGUGUUUGUAAAGGUGGGGUGUCUUGUUUUUUACCAUUGCCUUGACAACUUUAGAACUACUUUUUUAUGUGUGUGGCAGUUAUCAGGAAGCAUUUCUAUGGCUGACGUUUCAAAGCCGAUGAGAAACUCUUCUACCAAGGUUUCGAAGCUACACUUUAUCUAAGAUGCUGUCAUCACACCUGUGCAAACACAGACAUUGUUUUGGGACAAUAAAGCUGAGCACACUGAUAUUCUUUGUUUUAUUGUUUUAAGAAAGUCUGCAGUCUAGGGAUGGGGAAAGCCUCUGGAAUGAAUAGGAACUUCCCCCUCAAUACUAAUUACAGGCAAAAGGUGUGUGCGUGUGAAAAUGUAUAGAUUAAGAGCAUAAGGAGAGCCUGCUGGAUCAGGCCAGUGGCCCAUAUAGUCCAGCAUCCUGUUCUUACAGUGGGCUGAACAGUUGCCUGUGAGAAACCAGCAAGCAGGAUUCAAGCAUAAGCGCACUCUCCCCUCUUGUGGUUUCUAGCAACUGAUAUUCAGAAGUAUUGCUUCCUCCCUGCUAUGGAGGCAGAGCAUAGUCAAAGCAGCCCUGUAAAGCAGGUUAGGGGUCAGAGGCAGGGACCAGCCAAAGGUCACCCAAUAAACUUUGUGGUUGGGAGGGGAUUUGAACCUGGGUGUCCCCCCUGAUCAGGGUCAAGCCUUCUGGCCCAGCCUUCCUCAAUCUGGUCCCCUCCAGAUGUUUUGGGCUGUAACUCCCAUCAGUCGAAGGCUGCUCCAACCACUAAACCAUCGUGGCUUCUCAAGGUAAGCUUUGUGCCAAGAGAAAGUCAACCCAGCAUCAUGUUCCUCUGUCUUCCUCUAGAAACCAACCACAGGAUUAGUGGCUAUCACCGUAGCAUUGCACUUCUGUGACAUAGUUCAUAUUGCGGGCUUUGGAUACCCUGACUCCAAGAAGCAGACCAUUCACUACUACGAGCAAGUCACAUUGAAGUCGAUGACUGUGAGUAACCAUUGCCUCUCUUGUCAGAUGAAUAUAAUAUAAGAAGCUGCUUGUAUAGGGAAAGUCCACCGACUUAAUAAACUGAGAUGUGAACAAGACUUUAGCCACUUUGUACAAGCCAACGAACAAAUCAGAAAGUCUGCAGUUAACUGUAGUUUCACAUUUUGUCUGGACUGGGAAAUUAUAGCCUCAGAACAAGCCAGGAUGUCAAACCAGGUUUGAACCUUGUUUAAUAUUCUGGCUUGUAAAACAACAACUAUUAACCAUUCACAGAUGAAAGAAAGAAAGAAACUUGUUCAUUAAAAAAACCCAACAUUGUGACUAACCAGUUUUCCUAGGGCAUUAACCUUUCAUGGACUAGCUUCAAUCAGAUUUAUGAGUGGCAUGUCCUGUGUAUAUAUACAGAUGAGCUUAAUUAGGGGCAGGGGAUCUGUGGUCCUCCAGAUGUUGUUGGACUCCAUCAGCUCCAGCCACUAUGGCCAGUAAAUGAUGGUGAUGGGAGUUGUAGUCUGACAGUGCCUGGAGGGCCACAGGUUGCCCAUCCCUGGUGCAAAAGAAAAACAGGUUGGAAGUAAAUAGCAAGUAUGCAAGAUGACCCUUCACAGCAGAAGUAGCGAACCCUUUUUCAACCUGAGGCUAAACUAAUGAUUAGCCACAUGCCACCAGCAGGUGUGGUUAUUCUGUACUUCUGUGUGAGGGCAUGCAUGCAUGCACACUCACUGCACAUCCGGAGAACACAUACAGCACACAAACCACAUGUACAAGGACAUAGCAUUGGAGUGUGAUGUGCGUGUGAAAUGUUUGCCUUUUACACUUCACAGACAGAUUUUAUCUUCCCAUCUCUGCUGAUCACCACAGUGCUGAGAUGGAAGAGUUUUUUUAUGCUGUUUAACAGAUUGCUCUUUAAAGAGCAGGCAGAGUGCUUUAUCUCCUGAUCUCAGUUCUGAGCACCAGGAAACAAGGGUUGGCAGUCUCCAUCCUCUUGGCUUGGCAGACUGGCUCCAUCCAUCACGGCAUAUAUUUGAGCUCCAAUUCCCAGUUGUCACAGAUUUUACUUUUUUUUGCAUAUCACUGAGGUUUCACUCCAACCUUUAAUUCCUCUCCCCUCCCCCCGCCUCCCUUUACACCUAGGCUGGGAGUAUCUUUCUCAGUUACCAGGUUUGCACCGCAUGAUAAGCCAGCUAUGGCUUGGUGAGAACAUGCGGGCUUCCAGAAAGAUGAUUGGACAACUUGAAAAGAGGUUUAGAGAUAAGACUGGGAAAGAGGGAGAGAAGGGAGAGGUGGUGGCAUGCCUCUGAAUACCAGUUGCAGGGGAACAUGUGUGUGGAAGCAUUCUUGUGGGCUUCCCUUAGGCAUGUGGUUAGUCACUGUGAGAACAGAAUGCUGGACUGGAUGGGUCCUUCUUGGUCUGAUCCCAGCAGCUGGGCUCUUGUUUUCAUUCUGCUUGCUCCUCUCCCGAGAUGGCAAAACAGCCUUAGGCAGGGAGUGGCAGAUGGGUGAAGAGCAGAGAUUAAAACCCGCUUUGUGCACGUUUGUGGCAGUGUGGUUUCCAUUGCCUCUUAAGGAUGUAAGAAGCCAGCUGGAUAAAACCAAAGUUCCAGUCUGGUUCAGCCUCUUAUUUCCUACCAUGGCUAACCAGAUGCCUCUGGGACACCCACAGGCAAGGCAGCGGCAUGAGCCCUCUGAGGCUGUCCAUAUGCCAUUCUGAGUCGAGUCUGUAGAAUUAGUGCCACUAUCUUGGUUCUUCUUCUUGACUCUCAUGCAAGCAUAUCUGCAUCCUGCAUUGUAGGUCCCGUAUUAAGCAGGUGGUUGGACUGGAUGAGCUCAAGGGUACUUCUCAGUUGUUUAAUUUGUCUUAGAAUACAAACUUUCUCCUUUAGGAACUCUUGAAAAGCUGAAAACCAGCGAACUGCAUGGUAGGGCUGGGCGAUAACCUGUUUUGGGUAUCACGAUAUAUCACCAGCUAAACAUCGUGAUAUAUCAAUAUUCUGUGAUAUCUGAAAUAAGGAAGGAACUAAGCAGAGGCAAACAGGACAGUGUCCUGGCAACUGCUACUACUUAAGGGUCUAAAACUGAUAAAUGAUGAUAUUAUCAAUCAUCUCACUUGCAGCAGCAGGCAAGCCAAAAUGCAUCCAAAUGAGACUUUUGGUUUUGGGCUUGGCUACUUACUUUUCUUCUGAGGUAGCUGAGUGUUGGGGACGCGGGUGGCGCUGUGGGUUAAACCACAGAGCCUAGGACUUGCCGAUCAGAAGGUCGGCGGUUCGAAUCCCUGCGACGGGGUGAGCUCCCGUUGCUCGGUCCCUGCUCCUGCCAACCUAGCAGUUCGAAAGCAUGUCGGAGUGCAAGUAGAUAAAUAGGUACCGCUCCAGCAGGAAGGUAAACGGCGUUUCUGUGUGCUGCUCUGGUUCGCCAGAAGCGGCUUAGUCAUGCUGGCCACAUGACCCGGAAGCUGUAUGCUGGCUCCCUCGGCCAAUAAAGCGAGAUGAGCGCUGCAACCCCACAGUCGGUCACGACUGGACCUGAUGGUCAGGGGUCCUUUUACCUACCAAAUGGUGGUAUUCAGAACAAUCCAAAGUGUGGGGAUGAGUCAUAGUGAAUACAAAUAAUCUGGGACUGCCAGCAGGCCUUCUAGCAGCUUGGAUGUGGCACGAACAGUGGUGGCCUGCAAGGCCCUGUGGCGGUGAUAAGAGUGACAGAAGUAGCAGCAGCAGCUGCCUCUGUAUAGUUCCAUCCUUAUUUUAGACAUUGUGGUAGAUUGCAAUGUUUAGCUUGUGAGUUGUGAUAUUGAUAAGCAGGUAUUGCCUAGCCCUUACACACAUUGUGAUUUGGGAUGUAUUGCUAGCUCAAAUAUUAUGAAACAAUUAUCACGAUGUGAACUUCAAACCAGUUUUGGAUGAUAUAUCAAUAUAUCGCCCAGCCCUACUGCAUGGCCUAAUGUGUUUCUCAUUGCCUUCUCUUACAGGGUUCGGAACACAAUAUCUCACAUGAGGCAUUAGCAAUAAAAAAGAUGCUUGAACUGGGUGUCAUCAAGAACCUCACCUACUUCUGA